AAAUGAUGUAACGGAGCUCCCCGACUGAGUACCCUCCAUUGAUGGACGCUUCCUAGCUUGCACCAAGGACCACAAGCACCGCAGAGGACACCACAUCCACCGCAGACUCCACAACCGCUGUAGCUUGACUGGAGUCUCGCCAUCUUCCUUCCACCCUGGAUCAGCUUCUGUCCUCCAGGACCGUGUGGGAAAGACCUCUUCCUUCCACCCUGUAUGAACCUCCAGCAUCCAGGACUGUGCAGAGAGCAUGUCAGGAACAAGCUCAGGGGAGCAUGCAGAGCAUAGCAAUCCCCAGUGUGAUUAUAACAGGUCCCUCCAAUAACGAGACAAUUCUACAUUUAGAGGGAUCAAGAAGAACUGUCUAAACCUUUAUUUUACUUGGGACUAGCCCAUAUGGUCAUUACAUUAACAAUGCUGUGAAAACUCAAUAAAAUUACAAACAGCCAAAUCAUAGCAGGCAACAUACAGUGACUUAUUAUAACACAAUGGCAUAUUUUUAAAGAGGUGGGGGAGACAAUAUUUAACAGAAAGUAUCUCAUGUGCCUGCAGAAUUAGCAAUAUGCAAAUCUACCCGAAUAUGCAAAUGAACCAGUCUUGCUAUUCAGGUAGUGCAUAUUGCUGUUGCUACCAACAGAGGUCACUAGACAAGCUCCAUAGCCAAAUCCACCUAGUUGGUAGCAAACCUCAGCAGUACAUGAGAGCAGGCAAUACAUUUCACAGUACACACACACACUACAAACAAUUACAUUACACACACCCUGCACCUAUAAUGGGUACAGGAUGACUAAAACAUAAGAGAAAUAAAGCAACCUACAUAAAUAGUCUGUCUGAAGGUAGACUAGGGGCUUUAAAGCCAGAUACAUGAAAGAGUCAUAGUCACAGGGGAGGAGGUUGGCAAGUAGGCCUCUCCAGGACCAAGUGGCGAAGGGCACUUUGUCACAAAUGAUAAUUUUUUUUUUUUUUUUUUAAAGACCCUUACUAUUACAGUUCCCUCAUUUUGUGCAAAUCUGCACAUAUUAUUUUAUCAGCCUUGAGCAUUGGCCAAUCCAGGAAAAAGCUUGGCCAAUCAGGAGCUUAUAAUUCUGAUCUAUGGUGUUUGAACUGUGUAAAUUGUUGAAUCCAGCACUGCAUAGUUUAAAACACAGGGUGAAGAUAAGCAGAAAUAGAGUUCUCUGUGCCCAGCUAUUGCUCUGCUCAGAACUGGGGUUUCCAGGAUCUGUAGUCCAGGAAUCAAUUUUCUGUGUAUGAAAGCUGUUAGCUGGACUACAACUCGCUGUAAGAUUUAAUCUACUCCCCGAUGGUUCCCUAGCUUUGUCAGGCUGUCAGGUUAGCAGUGGGGGUUUAUGGCAGAUCAAGCAAAGUAAAGUUUCUACAAGGCUUGGAAAGAUUAGAUCUUAUCCUUUCAGGUAUAUUUAGAUCAUUUGAUUCCUUUUAGAUUGUAAACUUGUUUAGGCAGGGCUCUCCUCACCUACAGUUCCUGAACUAACACUAAAAUGUAAUUAACCACGUUUUUUUUUUGUUUGCAGGUAUUAGAGAAAAAUGCCAAUCCACAGAUGACUUUAUUGACUUAUCUACGCAGAAUAUGUAUCCAUUUUAAUAUCAAUUGUGCAUUGUAAAAUAUGGAUUUAAUUCACAAGUGAAUUUAAAGUGAUACUCGAAGUUUGGUGUACAGAUCAUGCCCCUGCUAUCUCACUGCUCAGUUCUUUAAGGUAAAUCAAUCCGUUUAUACAGCCCUAGUCACACUUCUCUGCACCUGACUUACACAGCCUUCCCAAACACUUCCUGUAUAGUGAGAUCUAAUGUUUAGAAGAACAUUAUAGUGCCAGGAAUACAAAUAUGUAUUCCUGACACUAUAGUGUUAACAAACAUUUAAGGUGGCCAGCCCCCCCUUAUUCCUCUUAAAAAAAGGGUGAAAGUUCAAGUUUAUUCCUGCGCCGCUGGUGUCCACUGCAACUGGCUCUCCCUCAUCGGCCCACCGGCAGAGUUCUAUCUUGCAGCUCUUCCAGGUUCCUCUCGCGAGAUCCGGCAAUGCCCCCGAUUUCGCAAGAGUGAACUCUAGCCCCACAGGCUAGAGUUCACUCACCACUAGCACCACCAGGGAUGGCAGCACGGUCCUCCCGUCCCAGGCUAAAGGUAAGAAGGGAGGGGGAGAUAUAAUUCCUCACACACAUCACUCUCACACACAUCACUCUCACACACAGCACCCUCACACACAUCUCCCUCAUACACAUACAGCUCCCUCUCACAUACACACACACACACAUUACACACACACACACACACACACACACACACAGAUUACCCUUACACACACACACACACACACACUUCACCCCUCACACUCACAGCACACUCACACACACAUUACACACACACCACCCUCACAUACACAUCCCCCUCACACACACAUUUCACCCCUCACACUAAUAGCAUCCAUCACACACACACACUUUACCACCCCCACACACACACUGCACCCCUCACAUACACACUACACCCCUCACACACACUUACUGCACCCUUCACACACCCAUAUUUCCAAACAUAUAUAUAUAUAUAUAUAUAUAUAUAUACUACAGCACCCCUCACACAAACAUGACACCUCUCACACACAUACUGCAUCCCCUAUACACACAAUCUCUACAGCCCCUAGCCACACAUGCAUUUCAUUACACCACAAGCACAACACGACUAAAACCGACCUUAUUACACAAUCCUACACCACAAUCAGCUCACUUUACAUUCACGCAAUCCCACAAGCAGGCUCCAAACACAUGCACAAUACUCUUUCCUGGCCCUUUUGUCUCCUGGUAUCCCAUUUAUAGAGACACCAGAGACAAGUUACAAGGAAAGUGCAAGCAAGUUAUUAAAUUUGCUUGCACUGGGCAGAACAAAUACAGGGCUUUUUUUCUCAUGCUAGAGCUCUUCACUAGAGCUCUGUGCAUGGUCUGCCCUGGAAGAGCAUUGAACCAACAUGCUCACUUUGAGAAGGGGCGUGCUUGUCAUUGGUGAUGACAAAACACACCCUCUCUGCCUUGCCCCCUUCUUAGUGGGCCGCUGUGAUAAAAAUGUUUUUUCCCAGUCCGGUCCUGUUCAGCGCCUUCAUGCAGAAUGGGAAGACACUGAACGUCAAUGCUGCACGCUGAACAGCACUGCAUUUAUCACCUAAACCUCAGGGGAAUAGCUUAUCGUUGGAAACAAAUUAUGUGUCCUACUUUCUCACAAUUAAAAAACAAAAUAGAUCAUUAAUAUAUGUAAGAAAAAAAUGACAUGGCCAUUACAAUACAGGAAUUAUUAUUUUUUUUUUUUAUGUGAACAGAUAUUCGCAAGUGGAGAGAGGAAUGAUGUUCCAUGACCAGGGGUCAGGCUCCUGGUGGGUGGAAGGGGGGUAUAACCCACACAUAAAGAGUUCCAAUUGGCAGAUAUGGCCUGAGGCAGUGAUGGCGAACAAGCCACAUCAGAAAAUAACCACCAUGUAUGCCGAAAACCUUGUGUCACCCAUUGUAUGACUGAGAUGUACUAUGCACAAAUGUGUUGCCACAUUAAACCAGUUUUUUUUCUGUUCCCUUACUACAGCCCUUGAAAAAUGUAUACAACUGCAAUUUUGUGUUAUGUGCUUAGAUAAAACAAAAAAACGUCAAUUAUGAAACAAAAAAGUGAUUUAACUCCUAAAUGUCAAAGAAUUGAGCAGUAAGGUCGUGGGGUAUAAUCUAGCUUUAAAUUAAUUAAUAAAACCACACUCCUGCAGUAAUGAAAUACUGGGCACUGAAGCACACACAUACAUAUAUACUUUAAACCUACAGUUUCUUUCAAACAUAUUGCAAUCCCUACCAUAAGAAUUCAUCUAUAUUGUCAUUUAUCAUAUAUCAGUAAAUUACAAAAUGGAGCAUUGCAAUGUCAUUGUGUAUUACGUAGUAUUUAACACAGUGAAAUCAAACUUCGAGAUCCGUUACAUGAUAGAUCAUUCUCAUGUCGGAACUUUUAUUUUUGAGAAAAAAUAGUACAAGCACUAUAAUCACAGCAUCUCACUUAAGUGGUGAUGGUGCAAAGGGCCUUUCGGUGCUGCCCCCCCAUUAUCUUUUACAUGUUUCCAGUAGUUUGACAAAUAGAUCAGUACCUAAUACCUAGAAUUUCACUACUGCACAAAAACAUGUCAUGUACAGCAAUAAUAUGCUGAGAGAAAUGGCUGCAGGUUGGCAGACAAUCAUUGCUGUCCAAGGGGGUUGGACCUUAAGUGCUGGGAGAGUGUGUGUCAGUAUAGUCUACAAAAUAUAUGGAGACCAAGCUGAACCUAUAACAAAAUAGAACAUAACAUAGUGUAUUACAGCAAAUAAACAACAGUAAGCGUCAGUUGCGGCUCUAGACUUUUUGAGGCCUUAGGCAAAACUCAAACAUGAGGCCCCCACUAACACCCAAAGAGACAAAAUAAACGGGGGUUGCAUUGUUUGUCUAAGGUGCUGUGGUUAUAUUGAAUGAUGGGCUUGCAGCGCUGGAUACAGAGAGCUAGUCUCUGUAUUCAUUGUUCAGAGGCUUGCAGUGUCGCGGCUCCCUGUGCCGCUAUGAUUUGAGCUCUCUGACUAAAGUUAUGACAUCAUUUGCACACUAAAUUUGAAAUAAAUUGAUGUAAUUAGCAAUUAUGCUAAUCGUUUAUACACGACUGCAGGGUAUGGUUACAUGUAUACGUUGUGUCGUGAGUGCCGAUGUGUAUAUUUCUCAGUGUGUCUGGCAUUGUCUACCUGUGCAUGUGCCUGAAAGUAUGUGUGUGACAGAGAGCAUCCUAGUGUGUGAAUUUACGUCUUUGUGAGCAUGUGUCUGGGACUGUAUAUGUGUGUGGGGUAGCUGCUUGUGGUGUGUUGUAGUUAUGGGGGCUGCCUGUGGCCUUUGUAUAUUGUGUUAUGGCAAAUCUACGUUUCAUGACUGUGCAUCUAUGAUGAAUGACUUCAGUUAGUGGCUGUGACUGGGUUAGUAAAGGGGUAACUAUGGCAGGGUGAGUGUGACAGAGUGAGGGGAGUAAAUGAGACUUGGAAGAUUGGAGAAGGAUUUGAGGAGGUUAAUGUGACAGGGUGUGUGUGGCAUAGUUAAGGGAUGUAUCACAGGGUUGGGGUGAAUGUGCCAAGUUUGGAGAAGGGAGUGUGACAGAUCGAGGGGAGGCAAGUGUGGCAUGUUUGGGGGGAGGAAGAGUGUGAAAGUGUUUGGGGUGAGUGUGGAGGACAGGAUUGGAUGGGGUUUAUGUGGUAAGAUGAGUGUGGCUGUGACUGGGUUGUUAGGGGCUGACAGGAUAGGGGGCUGUGACAGGUUUGGAUGGGCUGUGACAGGUAUAGGGGGACUGUAACAGGGUAGGGAGGCCAUGACAAGGUGGUGGGGGCUGUGACAAGGUGAUGGAGGCUGUGACAAAGUGGUGGGGGGCUGUGACAAGGUGGUGGGGAUCUGUGACAGCGUUGAGAGGGGCUGUGGCAGGGUAGAGGGAGGCUGUGGCAGGGUUAGGGGGGAGCUGUGAUUGGGCAAGGGGGCUGUGACAGGGUUAUAUGGGCUGUGACAAGGUUUUGGGGGGCUGAAACAAGUUGGAGGGGGCUGUGACAGGGUUGGGGGGCUGUUACAAGGUGGGGGGGCUGGCUCUCUCCCUGGUGUCCGGUGGGCUGGCUCUCUCCAUGGUGGUCCAGUGGGGUGGAUCUCUCCAUGGUGGUCCGGUGGGCUUCCUUUCUAGUCUGCAGCUCUGCCGGGAGUGAGCUGCAGACCACGUGGUAAGUCUUGCGAUCUCCAGUCAGAGCGUUGCUGUGGAAACCCGUGGCAACGUUCUGAAUUGCUGGAGAUUGCGAAACACCUCAGUCUGCAGCUCACUCCCCGCAGAGCUGCAGACUGGAGGCUGGCUCUCCAUCAGGGCAGGCUGUGUGGAGGGGACUUGCAGUCAGCGACAUACAGGGCAAACCGUCAGGCCCUCAGUCGUAGACCGAAGACCCGACAUGUGAGCCUGUCCUAAGGCAAUUUAGGCAGCCCCAACCAGCGCAAGGCCUUAGGCGGCCGCCUAAAUCGCCUAAUUAGAGAGCCGCCUCUGGUAAGUGCAUGAUGUAGUUGAACUCACAGGAUUGAGGUAUUUCAGUGCAUCAAGGUUGCCUCCCCUGAAAUUGUGGGGGCUAAUAUCCCCUCCAAAUCCACCUUAUCCGAAUCCACCUUAUCUUUUGCAGCAACGGCAUAGUGUAAAAAACAGGAAUUACAACGGGGUAGAAAGUGGAAAUCUGACUUUAUUUUAAAACUAUAUAAAAAAUAGGUCUUACGUAUUUCCUUCCAAUUCAGGAUUUCCUCUGGGACCAAUAUUAAGAAUAGAAUAAAACAAACAGCCACAUUGUUCAGAAACAUUGCUUAAAUUUGCACUUUUACCGCAUUUCAUUCGCAGUACAGAGUUUUUUUAUACAUGCGUUUAUGCUUUUGGGAGGAGAUCCCAAAUAUUGUUUGGGGGUGUGUGAUGACGACAGUUCUCAAGUUAUGUAGCUUCUCCAGAUAUAUAACAUUGUGUUUUUAUUGUUUGUGAAUGAAAGCCUUGGGGUGUGUUCGAUAAACUCUGCAUUGUAGCAAACAAAAUCCAGAUUGAAAAAAAGCCUAAAAUUUCAGGUCAGAAAACAUUCUUUCACGUACCCAUAGUCCCAGCCUGGGUAUUUUUGCUAUAAUUUGCUGUUUGGAUUUCUCUACAAUUCAGAAUUUAGAAAAUAUCCCUGUGAGUUGAUAUGAGAGUAAAAAGUCCAAAAGUACAUUAGGAUCAGAGUUGGGGAAAGAAAAAUAAAAUCUGAUUCUGUUGAGUCGGAUAGGGAUUUUCACUAGAGUGUGAACUGAAGAGAAUUCAAAUGGAAUUUCAUAUUUUAGGUAAAACUUAAAAAAUGUUGCUAAGUCAGUUUGGCUGUUAAAAAAAUUUACUUUGAAAUCGCAGCUAUUCACACUUACGUGAGUAACCCUGAGAGACUUUUCCCCAACUAUUUUGGCCUACACUUUGUCCAAUCAGUGUAUACUCACCCCAACUCGCUGUAACUCUGUUUACCUCCUUAACUGUCCAUCAGUAAGGUUACCUGGAACCAAACUCGGCUGUGGGGAAGGAGGAUGUGGAGCUUGUACUGUAAUGGUCUCGAGAUACAAUCGAUUCAAAGGGAAGAUUGAGUAUCCUUUUGAUCACAUGGCUUCUAGAAUUCCUGGACCCCAGGGGAAGUAUGGAUCAAAUGCAUUAACAACCCAUGUGUUCCUGGUAAUGUAACUAUGCAUUUAUUGAGAUAUCUCAAAGAAGUUUUAGACCCCCUGAGGAAAUAAAAGUGGGCAUAAUUUAAAUACUAAUUAAUGGUGAAAAUGCUUGGCUGGAAAAAAACAAACUGCCAGAGGGAUGUGAAUCAUUAUCCUGCCAUUAUUAAAGAGAACACCCAACAUACCUGUAAAAAAAAUAUAGAUAAAACUAAAUGAAAUAGGUUGCAGCCUAUAUAUUUAAACUGAUCAGCCACAAUAUUAAAAACACCUGCCUAGUGUUGUGUAGGUCCUCUAUCUGACUGUAGUACCUAUACUAAAAAAACCAUCCCUCGACCCGUCCACCCCCUCUAACUACCGUCCCAUAUCCCUGCUCCCUUUUUCCUCAAAGCUUCUGGAAAGACUUGUCUUUACCUGUGUGUCUCAUUUCCUCAAUUCCAACUCUCUCCUUGACCCCCUUCAAUCUGGCUUCCGCCCUCUCCACUCUACAGAGACUGCCCUUAUCAAAGUUACUAACGACCUAAUCGCAGCUAAAUCCAAAGGCCACUACUGCCAUUAUUAUUGCCUAUAAAGUACUGAACAACUCUAGCCCCUCUUAUAUCUCCUCACAGAUCCAUAGGUAUGUCCCUUCUCGGUCUCUCCGCUCUUCCCGUGACCACCUCCUGUCCUAAUGUGUUUUACACCCCACCUCCUACAGAAUGUAAGCUCGAUUGAGCAGGGUCCUCUUCAACCUAUUGUUCCUGUAAGUUUAUUUGUAAUUGUCCUAUUUAUAGUUAAAUCCCCUCUCAUAAUAUUGUAAAGCGCUACGGAAUCUGUUGGCGCUAUAUAAAUGGCAAUAAUGAUAAUAAUAAUAAUCUGCUGCCAAAAGAGUUCUGAUGUAUCAAGACCUCUGAAUGUGUCCUGUGGUAUCUGGCACCAAGACAUUAGCAGCAGAUCAUUGAAGUCCUGCAAGUUGCGAGGUGGGGCCUCCAUGGAUCGUAUUUGUUGUUCAUGCAGAUCUUACAGAUGCUCAAUUGGAAUGAGAUCUGGGGAAUUUGAAGGCCAAGGUAACACCUUGAAUUCUUUGUCUUGCUCCUCAAUCCAUUCCUGAACAUGUUUCUGCAGUGUGUCAGGAUGCGUUAUCCUACUGAAAAAGGCCACUGCCAUCAGGGAACCCCAUUGCCAUUAAGGCGUGUGCGUGAUCUGCAACAAUCUCUAGGUAGGUGGUACGUGUCAAAUUAACAUCCUCAUGAAUGCUAGGACCCAGGGUGUUCCCAGCUGAACAUUGCCCAGAGCAUAACACUGCCUCCGUCGACCUGCUUUCUUCCCAUUAUAAAUCCUGCUGCCAUUUCUUCCCCGGGUAAACGAUGCUCACGUACCCAGCCAUCGACUUGAUCUAAAAGAAAACGUGAUUUAUCAGAUCAAGCAACCUUCUUUCAUUGUUCCAAAGUCCAGAGCUGAUGCUCACGUCAUCAUUGAAGGUGCUUUUGGUGGUGGACAGGAAUCAUCAUGGCCACUCUGACUGGUCUGCAGCUACGCAGCCCCAUACACAACAAACUGCGAUGGACUAUGUGUUUUGACACCUUUUUGUGAUGGCCAGUGCCUCAAUGAGCCUUGUACCACUUUUGGUAGGUUCUAUCCACUGCAUACCGAGAACACCCCACAAGACUUGCCGUUUUGGAGAUGCUGUGACCCAAUUGUCCAGCCAUCACUAUUUGGCUCUAGUCAAAGCCACUUGCCCACUUUUCACUUGCCCAUUUUUCCUGCUUUCAGCACAUGAAAUUCAAGAACUGACUGUUCACUUGUUGCCUAAUAUAUCCUACUUCACCUGUGAGUGGUUUUAAUGUUGUGGCUGAUCAAUGUAUGUUUAAAUAAGUGUGGGCCGCAGAUAUAGUUUUUCCAUCCAGAGAUUUGUAGGCUUAUCCCCACCAUACUAUAUCAUAUCUGAAUUAUUUUUGUUUGGUGCACUACUUGCAGAAUAUAUUUUUAUGUAUUUAAAUUCUUUAUUUUUGACAUGACAAAUCAGGUGUUACAUCGACAUUAUUCGGCUUAUACAGGUGCCGAGAUUUCGCAGGGACAUACAUUUUGUAUUACAUACAGGUAACUCUGUUAUAUUGUGGUGUUCAUUUAAAAAUGGUAUUAUUACGUAUAGAAGCGUUAUACUCUGUCGGUGCUCGCCCUCCGCCAAGGUUUUAUCGGUAUCGGUAACAAUAACAUUCGAUACCGUUCCCCGCCGGGACGGCGAGGCCAGUACCCAAUGGUGCAGAACUUUCCGAAUUAGGUGGUGUACCACUUUAUCUGUUCAUAUUUUGCAAUUUGUUUUUACUGGAGCCGGUGCCCAUUGGGCCAGCACUAUUAAUUAGCCUCUGGGGUCUGGCGUGGUGCUUGGUCUUACCGCCAGUGUCUUUCCCCACUGGGAGCUUUGGCUUUCUCUUACUCGGCUCACCGUUGUGCGUUAUAUAGGCUGGCCAUAGUCGGGUCUAUGGUCCUUGGCCCGUGUAGGUGUAUAUUGCUGUCUAGCUGAUUUUUAUGUAUUUAAAUGCAUUUAAAUCUACUGCAACAGAGAUUGGGAUUUGAUAGAUCAGUGACAGAGCUAGUGGUAUUCAGUCAGGUGUUUAAUCAGUAUUCUUGGGUUUUACCAUAUACCAGUAAGGACUGAGGCAAGAUGACAACUACCUAGUUACUGCUGACAGAUCAGAUGGUUCUACAAAAGACAAGACAAGCAUUGCAACAUGUACCCCCAGCACUUAGAGCAUAUAACAGAAUGCUAAUGAUAUGCCUCAUGUAGCUAGACUGAGAACAAAAAGGUUCAGACACUUGAAAGCUCAGCAAGGUACAUUUAUUAGAAUAACGUUUUCCAGAAACGUUUUGACCUUACACUGGGUCUUUGACUAGCUGUGCUAACUGCAAACUUUGUAAUAUUUCUAAGCGCCUUUAACCAAUCAUCAUUCAGACAUUAUUCGGUUAACGCGUGCUUGGCACCGGUAUGUUCUUUGCACCAUGCCGCCGUGACAACGGUCGAAGGUAUUGGGAGCACAAAGACAAGACUUCACCCUGUGCAGGUAAGUGAAAGUUAAUUACUCUAUAUGUAAGUUACAGUAAUCUGUGCAAAUGUAUAUAUUGAAUCAGAUCCGUAUUUACUACAGGAUUGCAUUAAAUUGAAAGAAAACGUAUUAUUUGGACUGUGCCAGUAUCAUAUACAUAAACAGCGAAACAGCUUUAAUUGACUUACCUUUGUAAUCCUACCAAAGUGACAGAGCCCCUUUAAAUGCCAUUUCUUAUAUUAAUGAAAUAUUAAUAUACAGGGUUAUUCACUAGUUAACAUUUUUAGAAAUUCAAAAUUAAUUCAAAGGCCAAAAUAGCGGAAUUAGAAAAAAAUCAAAAUCAAUUCUGUUUUCAUUUUGAAUAUUUUGGCCUUAAAUUUCCUUAGAAUUCCAAAAAAUUUGCACUUUAAAGCCUGUAAUUGUUAAUAGCAUAUUGCUCUCAGAAGCAGGAUUGGCUGAGAAGGAUAAAAUGUAUUGUAUUGUAUUGGAUCUACUUAGGAAAUGGAUAAUAGUGAGUGCUCCAGAUUGCUUCCUAAAGUGUUUUAGCCUGAGCACCGAAACCACAAGAAACACUCAAAACACCAUAACCACUACAGCUUAAACCUGGGACACUCCAAGAACGGAAUAGGUCUGUGUUUAAUGUAAAAACCAAAGAAAAAAGUUACUUGCGCUCUUUCCACAUCCCUAUGUAUUUUUAAACAAACUGAGGUUUUUAGUUACCUCCAAUGGCCAUGAGAGGGUAUGCCCACCUGCCACAUCAUGACAGACCUCUUAGGCGGGUUCUAACUCUAACCAUUCGCCUUCCUUCCUUGAGCUUCUGGCAUAAAUAUUUCUAAUGAGACAGAAAGGGGUAUUUUUUUAUAUACACCCCUACAUGCUUAUUACCCCCUAAUAGGGAACACAUGGGAUCGGCAGCAGCAUUGCAACCUAGUGUGUGAUACAAAAGUGAAUACAAAUACAAAGAAACUAGUCCUGUUUAAUGUGUCUCUGCAUGUGUCUAUCCUGCAGCAAGUCACUGAGCCUGUCCCUGUAACUUAUUCAACCCAAAACGUGUACUCCUUUUCAAAGAAUUGUUGUUGAACACACCUGUAGGCUGUCACGUUAAUUAGGUAUUUUCCUUCAGUAAACAAGACGCUCUGUCCGCAUUCAUCUAUUCUACUGGGAAAUGCUGAAUAUUUAGAAACAUAGAAACAUAGAAUGUGACGGCAGAUAAGAACCAUUCGGCCCAUCUAGUCUGCCCAAUUUUCUAAAUACUUUCAUUAGUCCCUAGCCUUAUCCUAUAGUUAGGAUAGCCUUAUGCCUAUUCCACGCAUGCUUAAACUCCUUUACUGUGUUAACCUCUACUACUUCAACUUGAAGGCUAUUCCAUGCAUCCACUACCCUCUCAGUAAAGUAAUACUUCCUGAUAAUAUUUUUAAACCUUUUAUUAUUUGCAAUAAUAAGAUACAGAAAUAUGUUUUGUAUUAUUUGGGUAUGAAAAUGAGAGUCAAAGGGUCAGCGUCAUGGCAAAAACUGUGCAUCUAGUAUCGUACCAAAAUAAUCAGCAUAAUAACUUGUAUAAGUUGGUAUCACAAUACCUUUCAACCUUUGGACUACAAAUUCAGGGGCCCUCUACAUGCCCAGAGGUAGCUCUGUUCGGUCAAGUUUAUACCCCUGCUGUAUGAGAUGCACAAUUUAACUUUUGGUGCCAGAAUAGUACCUUUAACGGCUGAUGAAUACGAUAGCGAUUGCUGCCGUCCAAGAUUAGUGGGAGUUUGAGUGCAGGGAUUAGUUUUGUGUGUUUAUAUAAUGCUUUCUGCUUCCAUGAUUGCAGGAGCGUAUUGCGAAAAGCCAUGGCUCCCAAUGCGGGUUUUGCACGCCUGGGAUUGUGAUGUCGAUGUACUGCUUGCUCCGAAACAAUAACCAGCCAAGAAUUGGCGAGAUUGAAGCUGCAUUUCAAGGUAUUGCAUCAAUCUCUGGGAUCCAUUGGGCCACAUGCAAUGGUGUAUUCUGGUUUUGUGCUGCCCUAGGCAGGACAAAACUCAGGCGCCCCCUCCCCCCCCGUGCCACCCCCGCCCAACCUUCUAAAUACACACACACAUUCACUGACAGAUACGCAUACACUAGCUAACAGAAACACACACACACCCUAACAGACACACUCACACUCACUAACAGACACACUCACUAACAGACACACACACACACUAACAGACACACACUCACUAACACACACUCACUCACUAACAGACACACACACACACACACACACACACACAUACUGACACAUACACUAACAGACACACUCACUCAUUGACACACAGACACACACACAGCGAACACACACUAACAGACACAAACUCACACACUAACAGACACACUCACACUCACUAACAGACACACUCACUAACAUACACACUCACAGACACACACUCACUCACUAACAGAUACACACACACACAUACUGACACACACACACUCACUCACUAACAGACACACUCACUCAUUGACAGACACACACACACAGCGAACACACACUAACAGACACAAACUCACACACUAACAGACACACACACACACAGACACACACACACUAACAGACACACACACACACACUCACUAACAGACACACACACACAGCGAACACACACUAACAGACACAAACUCAAACACUAACAGACACACACACUAACAUACACACACUCACACACUAACAGACAUAUACACACACUCACUCACAUUAACAUAUUUUUUUUAUUUAUUUAACCCCCCCCCAGCCUCCUUACCUUUGGGAAUGCUGGGGAUGGGGGGUUGUCUUUCUCCCUGGGGUCCAGUGGCUGCUGGGCUGGGCGGGCGGCUGGCGAGGGAGCACUUCCUCUGAGCUGUCUGCUCAGCCCCCUCGUGCGCCGCAGAGUGAGGCUGGGAGCCGGAAUAUGACGUCAUAUUCCGGCUCCCAGCCUCACUCUGCGGCGCGCGAGGGAGCUGAGCAGACAGCUCAGAGGAAGUGCUCCCUCGCCAGCCACGUGCCCGCCUGGCAUGUUAGUUAGCCGCAAGGCUAACAAGGCAUUUGCCCUGGACAUUUGGGGGGCCGCUUUUUUUGCCGCCCCCUGGAAAAUGCCGCCCAAGGCAAAUGCCUUGUUUGCCUCGCAGCUAAAACGCCCCUGGUGGUACUGUUUUAUUGUUGUGCCAUACAAGCUGUUGCCCUUCUUCAGUAUUUGAUCAAGAUCAUCCUUCCUCACAUCAUCAAGCUCACUGUGGUAUGCCAAAAAUGUCAGAGCCAUGCAUGUACACUCUUUGUUCCUUAACCUUCCAUAGCCAUGAUGACCCUGAUGAAAUGAUGCCUGCACAGAUAUCUCACUUGGUACACAUGGUUCUAGCAUGCCAUGGUUUUCAGAAAUGCCCAUCACACUGUCACUGUGCUCUUGAACUUGACACUGAGUUGAACAUGUUAAUGAAACCACAGGUUCACUAUGUACCUCCUGGGCACAUUCACUGUCACAAACCUCCAUUUCCACUAUGCUGCUGUGGGACUCCGGAUCCCGAAAGCGUAGGUCUGAAAGGUCCAGUUUAGUCCAGCGUAUCUUUGCAGCUUUAGAUCUCUUUCCUUUAGAUGGCAUGAUGAUAUUCACACAGCUAACGAUUAAUAAAACGCUGACUAGUGUAAAAAAGUAAAUUUAAACUUAUACCCCAAAGUCUGAAGUGGUCUAGGAUGGAUAAGUACAGUAAAUCUCUAAUUUCUUUUCAUAAAUGUAGCUAGUUGGAACACCUCAAAUACUCUCUACUGUAUUAAACUUAUUUCCAAACCUUUAACCAAAAGCCGGCCAAACAGUCACAAAUUCAAAAUUAGAUUUCAAAGAGGGCAGAGAAGAGCUUUCAAAUCUUUAAAAUCCCUCGAACAUUCCACCAACUGCCAACAGGAACUAAUAGAUUCCAAAUAGGGCAGAGAAGAGCGGUUAAAAACAAACUGCUCCAAAUUGCUCACUUCACUGGCGGUUGCCAUCUUCAAACGGUCGUAUUUAAAAAACUAUAAAUCCUACAGCGAAGAGCUUUAUAUUGUGAGUAUCACAAGACCCAUACCUACAUUUUUAUGCAUAGUAUGUCUCUGAAUUAUUACAAAUGAAGGCACAGUAGCAGUUUAGAAAUUGCCCUUCAAAUUUGAGCUUUGCAGAGUGAAGUUUCAAUGAAUGUCAAUGGAAGGCGUGAGUUGCAAACAAAUGGUCAUAUUGUGAAAACUAUCAGGACUAUGGCUUAGCCGUGGACAUGUUUAGUGGUAGCAGGGAUAGCCGAAUGUUUUGAUAUAAGAUUUGUGUAAGUGGGCUUGAAAAUGAGGGAGUGGUGGCAGUUUAGAAAUCAUGUCCUGAUUUUACAGCUUUUGCCAGCUCCCACACUAGUUUUGAACAUUCCGCCAUUCAUUCCUAUGGGACCAAUUUCACCACAAGAACUACGAUAUUCCGUGAACCAUUCUGCGAAACGUUCCACAAAGUAAUAGCAAUCCAAUCGGGAACAAUGCGCAUGUUUCGGUAUAUUACUGUCUAUGUAGUGUAAAAACUGUGGGAGGAGUUGGGGUGGUAAAUUUGGCUAUAAUAAGAAUUAUAUAUAUGUGAGAUAACAUUACGUGGUCUUGCUAUGCAAGAACACUUAAUAAUAUAUAUGUGAGAUAAUAGUAAGUGGUCUUGCCAUGCAAGUACGCUUAAUAAAAACAGGCCUGGUCCAACAUAUCAAACCAGUAAGAAUUUUCAGGGGGUGGGGAAUUUAUCUUCACCUUUUGACCCUCUUUGUUUGCAUUCCCCUGUGACGUGAAACAUUCCUCAGUUGUACAGCGCUGUUGGUUAUGUUGGUGCAAUAUACAUAUACCUAAUAAUAAUAAUUAUAAUUGUGCUAUGAGUGAACGUUAUUAAUUUAGCACUCCUCUGAUCUUAAACAGGCAAUCUGUGUCGCUGUACGGGGUACCGACCCAUACUCCAAGGCUUUAAGACUUUUACAAAGGUGAGUUCGUUAGAAAUCUUUGUGAGAUAAACAGGAUUAUCUAUUAAAAUGAGAAUUACCUAGCAUUCAAAGUGAAUUAAAAAUUCUGAAUUCCUGGCAAUUCACACGUUAGUGAAUAACCCAGCUUGGGGAUGAUUUACUUUAAAAUCCGUGACUAGUUGAGUUAAAAGAAAAAAACAACAACAAAAAUAAACUUUUCCAAUAAAAGCUAGAAGGAGCAGAGAAUGAGUUACCCCUCAGCCUAAAUUCCUCUUUACCAUAAACCACUUUAACCCUAUUUGUCUACCCCCUUAACUCUAAUCUCCCCUUAACCAUAAGUCCCUCUACAGCUACCCUCAACUCUAACCCCUAAUCUUACCAGAGCAGCAUACUUGCCAAAGUUUUUUUUUAGAAUGACAUAAUGAUGUUGCAGCCAUUACCAUAAAAAGUGUAUAAACUGACAUUUAGUGAACAUUAAUUGGUAUGAAAAUAGAAUCUUUUCUUCCCCGGGAGAGACCCGUCUUUGUGUAGAUUCAGUAGCGGUUACAACUUGGCUCACCCACAAAUUUCACCAAAAACUAGGAUACUUCACUGCAGUAGCAAUGAGAACAGCCUUCAACCAACCUCAACAACUGCCAAAGCUGAUUUACGAUGGCAUACACUGGCACUGCCCAUACCAACUCUGAGUGACGGCCUAUGUAUACAAAGAGACUACGCAAACCUAGGUUCUGUUUUAAUGUUUGCUUCAGUGAAAGAAAGAAAUAUUAGAAGAUCGGUUUAGUGUUGCUUUCAGUUUUACACUUUCUCAUUUAUUUCUGUUUUAUCUAAAGGAUCAUAGUAAAUAUUUAAUGCAUAGUUGGUAACCAAAUAAUCCUCUGUUAUCAGGGAGGAUGUUGCGGCAAAACUAUGGUGAACGGCUGCUGUAAGAACGGUAAAGAUGACAAUGCGGUAAGAAUGUUAAAGAUCACAAUGCGGUAACGAGUGUUAAAGAUCACAAUGCGGUAACAAAUGUUAAAGAUCAAAAUGCGGUAAUGCAUGUUAAAGAUGACAAUCCGGUAGCGAAUGUUAAAGAUCAAAAUGCGGUAACGAAUGUUAAAGAUCACAAUGCCAUAAAGAAUGUUAAAGAUCAAAAUGCGGUAAUGAAUGUUAAAGAUCACAAUGCGGUAAUGAAUGUUAAAUAUGACAAUGCGGUAACGAAUGUUAAAGAUCACAACACGGUAACAAAUGUUAAAGAUGACAAUGCGGUAACGAAUGUUAAAGAUCACAAUGUGGUAAUGAAUUUUAACGAUUACAAUGCGUUAAGCAAUAUGAAAUCCCUGGGUUCUGUUGAUGUUCUUCUACAAGAGUAUUCUCCUCAUAGGAACAUAAAGUGUGAUGGUGGAUAAAAGCCAUUUUGCCCUGUUGACUGCCCAUUCUCUCUCCAAAAUGACUGGCUUUACUCGUUAUUUAAUUUCCUGCCCAGGACAGCAGUGUCUCUAUGGUUGGCAGAUUUUAAAAAUGCUUAUGAGGGUCAAAAAAAUUAUUGUGUGCCAACAUACAGUAUAUAGAUAUACACACAAAUGGAUACACUCCUCCUAUAUUCCCUCACGUACACACACAUUCUCUCCUAUUAUAAUGAGCAUGCACACACUUCUCAUUUUCACUGUUAUGUAUCACCUGCAUAUCUCAAGUUCUUCUUGGGCUGUGGCAGGGAUAUGCAAUGUAUUAUCAUAUACUGUAACUAAAUCCCCAUUAUUUUUGCCUAGUUGAAGUGUUUUGAAAAACGAUUAAAUUCUGUGAGUUUGUUGUAUCUAGUAUUUUUAUAUACAGAUGAUCCUCACUUACAACUUGGCCGUAAAUCGAAUUGGUCGGUAAGUGAGGAUGUGCUAGAGAGCUGCUCUGUGUUCAGUGGAAUUCCCCCAAACAUAGACCAGUUCAUUAGUGCAGGGGAUCCUUUGAAUCUAUGUUUGGGGAAAAUUUGCUGAACACAGACCAGCUUUCUAAUGUUGGGGAAUCCCUUGAAUCCCCACACUAGAGAUCUGGUUGUAAGUCCGAGCAGUCAUUGUGCAGGUAAGUCGCAAAGUGGGAACAACCUAUAUAUAUAUAUAUAUAUAUAUAUAUAUAUAUAUAUAUAUAAAACUAAUCAUGAAGGAGAGCUCUCACUGGACUUUUAUAUAUCAACAUUUCAGUCUGCAAAGACUUUCAUCAGGAUUGUAUAUAUAUAUACACAUACAUCUUAAAUUCAUAGACAUCUGAAACAAGUCUUUAAAAAGUUCUGCUAUGGGACAUGAACAUUGACAAUUAGUCACCCAUACACAGCCCACUCCCCAGGCACAGGGAUUAUGUGAGAUUACACUUUUGCAUUAUCAAGUACACUCCAUUGGCUAUGGGCAUUGGGGCAGGGUUAGCUCAAAGACCCAUAGCACCAUAACCACUGCAAUGAAUAGUGAAGGUUAUACAGCAGCUUGUGAUGCAAUAAAUAAGAUAUUAUUUAAUAAAAAAAUGGCCAAUCAAAGUAGAGUUUGAACACGGAUUAAAUCUAUAAUUAUGAUUUUUUAUUAUUAUUUAAUUUUGAAAACUUUAAAUGAUAACUGAAUGUUUCUCUGAUAUUAUCAGGUAGGAUGUUGUGGAAAAACGUCAGAGAAUGGUUGCUGUAUGAACGAGAAAGAUGAUCACGAGGUAGGUAACUUUGUUUCCCUUUCAGUCAAAUGAACCAAUUUUAUGUUUUUUUUGGUUGCUUUUCUUUUGAUUAUUACUGAAAUAACAUUAUGGCCAGUGGCUUCCUUGAUUGGAUCUGUUCAAUAAAAGAGAAUUUAAAUCAUAACUGAUAGAAGAGAUGGCUUAUCUAACCGCAUCUUAAGAAGUAACUCCAGUCUUAUGAUUUUAAUUAAAUCCAUAGUUACAAAAGGCGUCAGAGCUCUAUGAUCCAUCUGAUUUCAGACCAUUGGAUCCAACACAAGAAGCAAUAUUUCCUCCGGAAUUAAUGGUAAGCCUUUUAUACUCUUUAUUAUAAUUAUUGAAACUUAUUCCAGACAAACAUGCCGAACGGUGCUGUAUGAUCAGGAGAAAGGAGCAUAACAUCAUCUGGCAAUGAAUGCUUAUCAAAGGAAACAUUGAAUUUCUGGAUUUUCAUUCCCUUAGAAUAAUGAUUCCUGUAUCCGAGGUUUAAUUGAACACUCCAAGCACCAUAAUCACUAAUACACACUGUAGUGGUUGUGGUGCAAGCAGCCAGUAUAAGGAGUCCAUCCAUUUUAGAACAAUUUGACUUCUUACCUGGAGUCCGCUGGAGAAUUUUGGUCUGAACUAAGCUCAGUAUUGCAGAGCUUAGCACAUUGGCUGAGAAUGAUCACCUGACACUGUAGGUCUUGGUUUAAGAGAGCCAACAGAAGCUCUUAAGGAAAGGAGGUCGGAGCGUUGCUCGGAGGACCAUCGAUAAAAUAUCAAACCGCUCUUAAAUAAUUUUACUACUAACAGUCCUGGCACCAAAACCACUGGAGCACUACCCCAAUGUUGGUAGUGCUAAAGGUUCACUCCUUAAUUGGGGUAACACCGGCUACCGCUUCCUGCCUGUCCUCUUAAACUACGGAGAGCUAGAAGCUUCUGUUAGGAGCUUCCACUAGCUCUGUCUGAGCUAAACCCGGCAGUACUGGGCAUGAUCAUUGGCUGUCAGUGUCAGAUGAUUGCUCUCAGACAGACAGCUUUUGCCUCUAUGUAAAGUUGUAGUGGAGGUAGGGAGCAGUUCCCAGUAGACUCCAGGCAAGGAGUCAAUCCUUUCUAAAAUGGUUUACCAUUGGGAGGGCCCAGGGCCCUCCCGGCACAAGAAAUACUACAGCGCGUUAUAGUAGUUAUGGUGGUUGGAUUGUUUUUUUAAGGAAUGGAUUAAAAUGAUAAGUGAUUUUAUAAUGAUAUGUUAUAUACUGGAGGGUGGGGGGAUUAUUUGAUCGAAAUGCUUUUGUUCCAAGUGAUGAUUGCAUUGUUUCUGUGCCUCUCAAAGAUACAAAAAUCGAUGCCACAGAAACAGGUUUAUUUUAAAGGAGAUGGCGUGACCUGGUACCAGCCGUCCAAUCUCAGCGAGCUCUUGGCCCUCAAAUCCAAAUAUCCAGAAGCAAAACUGGUGGUGGGAAACACUGAAGUUGGUGAGUGAGAGCCUAGGCAUGUACAGCACUUCUCAGUAUGGUCUUGUUUUUAACAAAUGUUUAUUGAAUACCAAUCUUAAAUUACAUUUAAUUGUAUUCAACAAACCAAAAUACUUCACCUUUAUUUUAAUUAACAUUUUAAAUUUUUGAAAAGCAUAAAAAUUUUAAAAAAAGUUUAAAAUGCAUAUGAAAGAUUUCCAUUUUCUGUAGUUUUAAUUAAAUGCAUGCAAUUUUAAAUUUUCUUCAUUAUCAACAAAUAAAGAACUAACUUAAACUGGCCCAUUCUAUGUCAAACCAUUUUCAAAUAUUAGAAAAAAAAUGGGCCACUCUUGGGACCUACAACCCAUCCCCUCUUCUGUAACAGAAUAUUUGGGCAGUAUCUGAGAGCACUAGAGUGAAUUGAUCACUGUUUCUUUUUUUUUUUAAAUUGUCACCAAACUACAUAGUGCUGUAUAGACAUCAGAGAUGUCAAAUAAAUAACUAAUGUGAGUAAUAGCCACACUGUAUACAAGAGGAGACUUUGGCAGUGAUGAUGUUUGUUGUAUUUGGGUGAUCACACUAUAGCCAAUGAUCACACUAUAGACAUACUUGGGAAGAAUAAAAGUCUUCUGUCGCAUUUACAAAACAGACUAAACACACUAAAAUGAGCAAUGUCCUUUUUAAAAAAAAAAAAAAUAACCCCUUUUCCAUCACUGUAUUGGGUAGGACUCACAGGGAGACAUUCCACAUUUAUCUCACAUGGUUUAUCUCAUGUUACGGAGAAUUCUAAGGCUGGGAUAACAAGUGGCUGUUGGUUAAAGAAGACAUUUUUGGCUUUAUGAGCCUACAUUUCAUAAAAGGUGGACAUAACUUUGAAAAUGGCUGCCUUAGGUUCCCAGGCUCACUGUUCUAAGUUAUAUAUAUAACCGUUAAACCUUAGAAAACCUUAGCAAAGUUUUACUCAACACAGUCCAAAAGUUAAUACAUUAAUACAUUAAUACAGAUCAAAUGUAACAUUUUUAAAUUUAUACUAAUUACUGUAUUGAUGUCUACAACACAUGCCAUUCUAGAUAGAACACAGACAUAUAUUUUUACAUAUAAUAUGUGUAUCCCAAAUGUCUUUUUCUUACAGGCAUUGAAGUAAAGUUUAAAAAUAUGCAGUACCCAGUGAUAAUUGCACCUGGAUGGGUCAAAGAAUUAAAUACAAUUGAGUACACACAGGAAGGUGAGAAUAGUUAUAAUUCAAUUGUAAUUUGCGAGAGCAAGUUGCUUGAUGGUUUUGAUGCGAACGUUUAUCUGCGGUCUAGGGUUUUUUGUAUAAACGUCUUUCUUUUGUCUAUUUAUCAUGCGAUGAACAUUUUAUACUUUUUUUUACUGAUACCCUGGCUUGUGGUAACUUAGACAAAUAACCUCUGGUUCUACCAGUAAUUAAAGCAAAAAUAUGACUUAGGAGUGUGGUAUAGGACAAUACCAAAAGGCAAAAUAGUUUAUACUAGUGCAGCUAUUGUGUAUUCCCAUCAGCUAGCAAAAUAUAGCAAUCCAAAGUAUUCAUCCACAAAAUGCAGCCUAUUCAUAGGGGCCCACUAGUGCAGCCCAAAAUUAUUCAAAAAGCAUUCAAAGUACAGGUGUUUCGGGACCACUGCACAUUUAUCAAUGAUAAAUGCCCUCAACCAGUAAUUGUGAUAAAAGAGUUUAGUAAUUGAUAUAGAGUAAUGUACAUUACGCUGUCGUAACAGGCAAGAACAGUAUUGGAGAGUAAAAUACAAUGGAUUUGAGGGUUGAUAAUGUUUUUGAAAUGUGUUCAUAACAUGUAUCAGACUAAAGGGACUCUCUAAUGCCAGGAAAACAUAUUAGUGCUCCUGGCACUGCAGGACCCUGCAAUGCCCCCCUCGCACCUCCCAUCCCAUGUUGCUGAAGGCGUUAAGACCUAAUGCGCAUGCGCGGCAACGGCUGCGCCCGGGAAUUACACCUCCCCAUAGGAAAGCUUUAUUCAAUGUGGGGACGUCCAGCUUUGCUUAAAACACUUUUCGUGUUCUAAGAACAGCCACUAGAGGAGGACUUAACUCUGCAAGGUAAUUAUUGCAGUUUAUAGAAACUGCAAUAAUUACACUUGCAGGGUUAAGGGUAGUGGGAGUUGGCACCUAGACCACCCCAAUGGGCAGAAGUGGUCUGGGUGUCUGGAGUGUCCCUUAACUGUAAAGCUAGACUAAAUAUCCAUUCGGAACUUGAAAAGGAAAUACUAAUUAUGAUGUUUGAACAUUUUGGCCUCGAUUUAAUAAUUUUGGAUAAACUUUUAAAAUGACUUAAUAUUUAAAAAUAUAUUUUUAUAUAUUGUUAGAAAUAUAAUAUUUUUGAAAAAAUCACAUUAAAAGUUUAUCCAUGAAUAUAAAAUAAUUUGAAAAGCUUAUACACAAAUAUUAAAUCGAGUAAUUUGUUGGUCGAGACGUAUUAAUUCCACUCCAUUGGCUUAUAUUGUUAUAAAUGUAUUUACCUGCAUGCUCACAGGUACGGGCACCUUUCAGAUAAGGAUAGAUCGCAAUCCGUAAAGCUUGUGCUAACACAUACAUUUAUUUAAUCAAUUCAUUUAGGUUUCAUUUAAACAUUAUUACCUCUUUUUUUUUUAUCAGGUAUUUAUUUUGGAGCAGCCUGCAGUUUGACCACCAUGGGUGACACUCUAAAGAAAGCCAUAUCGGAACUCCCCGCAUAUAAAACAGAAGUCUUCAAAGCUGUCUUGGAACAACUGAGGUGGUUUGCUGGAGAGCAGAUCCGUAAUGUUUCCGUAAGGGUCACACAGAAAACACGAAUGAAAUACAUACAAGCACAUUAGACAAUUCUGUUACAAAAUAUCUGUUGACAUUCUCACCCAUGUCAAAUCACAGAUGACAUCUUAUGUCACCUGGACUCCUGUUGGGACGAGCUUCUCAAUGCGAAUUUUAGGUUUUCUAUUUAUUUAUGACUGCCUUUUAUGUAUUGUCAGACAUCAUCAAUUUAUUUUAAGUUUUCAAACACAAAGUGUAGACAGUCUAUGGAGUUAAAUAAUGAAAGGGGAGUUUUAGAAUUGAAAAUAUCUUUCAAAAUUUAAGGUCAAAAUAGCCAGGUUGGAAAAAUUUCUAUUAGAAUUUUUCACUAAAGUGAUAAUUGUCAGGAAUUCAAAGGCCAAAGUAUCAAAAUUGGAAAAAUUCCCCAGUUCAGCUUUGCUCUCAGUCUGGCUACUCUGGCUUCAAAGCUUAAAUUCAAAUUGAAUUCCCAAUAAUUUUCACUUAUUGAAUAACCCUGUAAGUCAUUUAUGCUUUCAGUUUGACUAGUCUGGGUUAAAGUUUGAAAUGUACUUUUAAAUCUCACUUUAUUAGAAGGAAAUACAUUUUAUUUGUAACCUUUUUUUUUAUCAGGUUCUGUAUUUUUUUUAUGCAAUAUAUCCAUGAUGUUUCAAUAGGUGUCAUUUCCGCCCAGAACCACCGCUAAUUUUUUCCCACGGUGUUCUUUAUGUUGCAUUUCUCAGUUAGAUUGUCAACCUGUCAGAACUUUGUUUAGUGAAUAUGUCCCUUUACCUCUCCCCAUGCGCUGAUUGUACUUACUGAUUGUCCUGUAAUAUUUUCCAGGCCGUGGGAGGAAAUAUAAUGACAGCAAGCCCGAUUUCUGAUCUCAACCCUGUUUUUAUGGCGAGUGGAAGCAAACUGCAUCUAAUCAGUCAUGGUACGGAUCAUUAAAAAGUGACAAAACUGUUAUUUAUCUGCCGCUCCAGAUAAAUAACUUCCAGUUCCUCAAAAAUGUCCCCAUUUGCCGCUGCCAAGUAACUAACUCUAUAAUCACAAGUUCCUACAUUCCAAUAAUGAUUUUCUAAAUCCGAGUUUGUAAACUACGCCAGGAAUCUUUACUCUGUGAAGUGAUUUGUAGUUGUUAGUACAAAGGUUGUAGUUUUGACAAUAAAUGCCAGUUAUUCACAUGAUUCUGAUUCAUCGUGUGGCAAAAAAAAAAUCUAGUGAGAGAUUAAAAAGAACAUUUUAACAGAUAGGACCGAAGGAAUAACCGAUAACUGUAGUAGGUGUUCAUUUUUAUCUUCGGCACAUUAAAUCAGAGUUAAUUUUCGUUUUAAUAGUUUACUUUUAUCAUUUUAAAUUUGUUUGUGUAGACAUGUAUUGAGAUUUUAGGCUUUAGAUGUCUCACUGGGAUUUAUAUUCACAGAAAGUAAAAGGACUGUCUGUAUGGAUGAAAACUUUUAUACGGGCUAUAGAAAAACCAUGUUAAAACCUCAGGAAAUUCUACUCGCCAUUGAGAUUCCAUAUUCGAAAAAGGUAGACACCUGCUCUAGUCUUACAUUUUAACAGUUCCUGAACUACUGUGCAUGUUCCAUUAGCAUUCGCUAGUGAAGAGUAAAGGAUCAUGGGAAUGGGGUGUAGAUGUAGUUUUAGUGCCAUGUCAAACAACUGUAACAAGAGUGAAAACUAAUUUACUUUCUACAUUUAUGAUAAUUAUAAUAAUAGUAAUAAUAUUGAUUAAUGUUCUCCUAGUGCCACUAAAUGGCGCAAAUAGUGUUAUGUCUUGAUUUGCAAAAUGUAAUAGAAUAUUAGAGUAAAGAUAAGAAACAACAAUGCAAUCUUAGAACCUCAGAUUUAUUGGCAUUACCCUUUUUUGGCCAAUUUUUAAUAAACCAUGUUUUUAACAUGUGUAAAUUCCGCAGUGGGAAUAUUUCUCAGCUUUCAAACAAGCUACACGACGCGAUGAUGACAUAGCCAUCGUCACCAGUGGAAUGAGAGUCCUUUUCAAUGCUGACAGUCAUCGUGUGGAGGAGAUUCAGUUGAGCUAUGGAGGGAUGGCUCCUGUCACUGUCCUGGCACAAAACACUUGCAAGGAACUGGUUGGAAGGUAGGAUGCCAAUGGUCCAUAAAAAGAAAAUGGAAAUGUAAAGAAUGGGAGCAAUGGAUUCAAGGUUUAUACCAUAAUAAAUUACUUCACUCCCAGAAAUCGACUAUUCGUGUUUAUUCCAAAUAUUUAGCAAAAUUACAUUUAGUCCAAAAAGCAUCAUGCACCAUAAUGUAUACUCUAGUAAUGAAUAGCAGCCGGUAGAGGAACACAUUUUUUUUUGCCUGUAGCCAUAGUCAUUGAUCUAAUGCCCUAAGAUGUUCAGAAAAUGUCGGCUCAAUCCUUGCUUCAAAACAGUAAAGGAGGUUUUUAGUGGUCAUGUCAUUCCUACUGUCAGGGAGGUGGAGAAGUACAGACUGUACCAUUUCAUUGUUAGCAUUGCAAAACAUUCCAGUGAGUGAUAAAUAUUGCUUUAGCAGUUUCAAAUAUUUUUUCUUGGAGAGAUAUAUGAUUUAACUGUAUUUCCUUUAUACAUUACGCUAAAACGUAGACAUUAUUUUUACAUUAUGUGGCAAUUUUAGUAAGCUCUACUCCUAGUAAUGCCUUAUAGGCCUUUACAAAUGCCUAUAAUAAAUACUAUUUUUGUUACUGUAUGUGAGAACAAUUGCUGUUUUUUAUAUGUUUAUUUUCUAGCACUGCCCCCCUUGCUUCAAAUACAUGUUUUGAUAAUAUUUUUCCAUCGCAAUGUUAUGUUAAAAGACUAAUUUGGACUUUAUAUAGCAAAUUGAAAAUAAUUUUUUGUAGAAAUAGAUACGGUUAAAUUCAUUACAAUCUGAAACAAAUAGAGAUUGGCUUACAAGGUGAAAUGGACGGUUACAAUUUUGUUGUUGAAUUAUUAGACAAAAAGAUUUACUCACUAUACUCAAUGGUGGGGAACCGAAAACUAAAUUGUGAAAUUUAAAUAACCAAACGAUGACUGUAGCUGAAUGAAGAAUUUUUCCAAUUCAGCUCUUUUAGCCUACAUUUUAACCCCUUAAGGACCAAACUUCUGGAAUAAAAGGGAAUCAUGACAUGUCACACAUGUCAUGUGUUCUUAAGGGGUUAAACUUGCAGGUUUAUUCACUAAAGGGAGAACUCUAAGUGAAUUUCGAAUGUAAGGCCAAAGGAGCUGAACUGGAAAAAUCUGCAAUGCUUCCAGAAGAGCUACUUUGGCCUUACAUUUGUAAUUCACUUUGUAGCCACCUUGAAUUCUCGCUUUAGAUAAUAGCUUUGUAGGUUUUCAUUUCACUAGUGAAUCAGCCACAGUUAUGAAACAUUCUUUUUGUUGUUGAAAAUAUUGUUCUGGUAAAUUCACUCAGAUUAUUAGAACCUUGCUUAUUUCUAACUGUUCUCCUUCUUGCAGGGAGUGGGGUGACUGCUUGCUGCAGGAUGCCUGCCAGUCUCUCGCCAAGGAGAUGUCUCUCUCCCCCAGUGCUCCUGGUGGCAUGGUCGAGUUCCGUCACACUCUCACCCUUAGCUUCUUCUUUAAGUUCUACCUCACUGUACUGAAGAAACUGGCACUGGAUGUAAAAGGGACUGUGAGUAGUGUAUCCAAUGACUUUAGUAUUUACAUCACCUCUUAGGAAUCAGAACUUACUGUAUCAACACGAUGCAUUAUAAUCGCAUUACUGUGCACAUUUGAUUGGUAAUACCUUUUCAAAACGUAAUAAUAGUGAAUAGCAGAAUUGCAUGAAUACAUUUGAUUGAUUGAUUGAUUGAUUUUUCCAUUCCCUUCCUUUAAUUUUUCCAAAGAACAAAAUAGAAAAAAUAGAGGCUUUGCAAAUAGUUGCUGUGUGCACCCAACACAGUGCUACUACCAUUUAUUAGAAAAACAAAUAACAAACAUUUUGGAGUAAUCCCUUUGUCAAUGCAUCGUGUCCCUUUAAUUUUUCCUUUACUUUCCUUUUUCAUUUUUGAUUUAAACUUCUCUUUCCCCGAGCUCUGUUUUGCAAGUGAUUGGCAGCCUCCAUAUGCAUUUUUCUCAUGUGGACGAGUAUGUGGAAGUGGCGCUGAUGCGGACUCUAUUCACAAAGAAAUUCUGAUCGUGCAACAUUAUACAAAAUGGCUGUCAAAAUGUAAAAACAGAAUUAUUACUUUAUUUCUUACACACUUUCAGGAUUAAUCAGAGAUAAUUUACAGUGACUUUCAAAUUCAAGGUAAACAUGUCUGACCUGGUAACAUUCUUCUGUUAAGACAGCUGUGGCUUCCAGCAAGGCUAAUUUGGCCUUAUUUUGAAAUUCACCUUCAUUUCUCACUUUCGGGAAUAACUGUUUGAGUGCCGGAGAUAAGACCAGUAUAUUCCAAAGCAAUCUUGGCACUGAAAGGGUUAACGCAUAUCGCACAUAAUGUAUUACACAGUACGCAGUAAAAUACUUAUAUUAAAGCGUUAUAUUACUCCUGCUCUGAGCCAAUUAAUAAUCACGAAAUUAUGAAAAUUGUCAGCACAGGAAAAAUAAAAACAUUUAGUGAUAAAAACCCAGAACAGGAUAAUACUCUGCACCUGGAAACCUGGGUUAAUAAAACAGGCUACUUUGGCAGAAAUACCCAGUGCUAGGAUUGGGGGCACAAGUCAGAGCCACUGUAUACCUCUUCUCUUCCCGGUGGCUAAGGUAAAUUCUUUUUGAUGAAAUAUGUACCAUUUUUUUAAAUUAUUUUUUUGUUUUGUUUUUUAUAAAUAAGUAAAAAAACACGUUUCAGAAGUCACAUCCAGUGAAUAUAUUAUUUAACAUGGAACAACAUGUACGUAAUUAAACCCAUUUAUUGUUUACUAUUAAUUCUGUCUUUCUUCACUCAGAUUGAUGUUGAGAAAAUUCCUCAGAAAUAUGAAAGUGCUAUCGAACUGUUCCACCAACCAUACCCAACCGGUGUACAGCUGUAUCAGGUAGGAAAGUGUAUGCAAACUCUUUAUGUUAAUGGAAAAAAAGCAGGUGCACUUAUUUUAGAAACAGUGGCUGAAUAUUUGGGCUUAUUUGUAUAGAGCUUGGUUUUGCUAGAAUAUUCUUUUCAAAUAUUAUUUUUUUGGGGGGAAAAAACAACCGAAAAAAUAUAUAUUGUGUUCCAUUCAUACAAUUAUAUAUAGUUAUAUGAAAUAAACAAUGGGGAGACCAUUCAUCCGGACACACUAAAUAGCUACAUCUUAUAUAUCGACAAAACUUCACAGCAACACCUUAAACAGCAUGUGCCGUCCUUUUAAAUACUUCUAAACGUCUUCACAGCCUUUCACACGUAUUAGACACAUUUUACUUCUUCACACAUUUUCAAAGAAGGCUUUCUGGAUCAACUAUGGUUCUCAUUAAGAUAAAAGGGCUUGAUAAAUCUUCCCAUACAUUUUUUCGAUAUUUGUAUAAGCUUUUCGAAUGAUUUGGUAUAUGGUGGCAUAUAAAUAAUAAUAAUAUGUGAUUAAAUAAUGCAAUUAUCAGUAGGGACACUUUCUAAACUGAUAGAGAUCCAUAUUGGCAUUUUCUGUCUCCAAUUGACUAGUUACAUUUAUAAGGAACAUUCAUUUAAGUGGCUAGAAAUAAAAUGAGUUCCACACAUCCAUCCUUUUUAUUCUAUUUGACAUUUAGGCCACUACCUUUGCUUUCUGUAGCUUAGAAUAUUUCAAUAAUUGAUGUGAUAACCUUAAAGGACCACUAUAGUGCCAGGAAAACAUACUCGUUUUCCUGGCACUAUAGUGCCCUGAGGGUACCCCCACCCUCAGGGUCCCCCUCCCGCCCGGCUCUGGAAGGGAGAAAGGGGUAAAAACUUACCUUUUUCCAGCGCUGGGCGGAGAGCUCUCCUCCUCCUCUCCGCCUCCGUUACGCCCCGCCGGCUGAAUGCGCACGCGCGGCAAGAGCUGCGCGCGCAUUCAGCCGGUCUCAUAGGAAAGCAUUUACAAUGCUUUCCUAUGGAUGCUGGCGUGCUCUCACUGUGAAAAUCACAGUGAGAAGCACGCAAGCGCCUCUAGUGGCUGUCAAUGAGACAGCCACUAGAGGAUUAGGGGGAAGGCUUAACUCAUUAAUAAACAUAGCAGUUUCUCUGAAACUGCUAUGUUUAUUAAAAAAUGGGUUAACCCUAGCUGGACCUGGCACCCAGACCACUUCAUUAAGCUGAAGUGGUCUGGGUGCCUAGAGUGGUCCUUUAAUUUCUCAUCACUCCUAGUAUACAUUGUCCUACUUGCUUUUCAAUGAGCUGUGUGCUUUCUGUCUAUCUUAUUAUUUUCUUGCAAUUAUGGGUUUCUAAAUUAGCUCUCUUAUAUUUAUAUUUUAAUAAAAUAUAGGUCUGACUGGUUUUACUGUUAGGAAUGGAGUGGAGAACUUACUCAACUUUAAAAUAUAUAUAUUUUUAAAUCUUUUAAAACUUUGUCAGUGCAAUCCUACUUGGACUCAUUCUAUUGUUCAGAUUAUCAUAUUUCUAUGUCUAUUUUUUUGUUAUUGACUGUUUUCAUCCAUGUUUUUCCUUUUCUUGCUGUGUAUUUCAGCAACAUUCUCUAAAAAGAUCUUUUUUCCCAUGUAGGAUGUCCCGGAAGGACAGGCCUCGGAGGAUUUUGUUGGACGUCCGUUGAUGCAUCUUUCAGCAUUGAAACAGGCGACAGGAGAGGCUGUCUAUUGUGAUGAUAUUCCCCACUAUGAAAACGAACUCUACUUAGGCCUGAUACUGAGCACCAAAGCACACGCUAAGAUCAUGUAAGGGUCCCAAGACGGAAAUGUACUGAGAUCCAAUGUCUACUGACUGAUUUACUAAUGAAUGUACAGAUUAGUAUUUCACAGGGUAUACUAUAAUAACACAUGGGUUGAUUGAGGCAUGUUGUCUGACAGUGCUACAAUGUCAAGAAGUAUUCACAAACUGAGAUUGUUUAACCUACAAUAAGUUUAAAGAAAACCUAUAGUCUCGAAAAUAAUAUUUGUUUUUUCACGACUAUUUUUUAUUACCUUGACCUUUGUCCACCAGCUUGUAUGUCAAAAAAUUCCAUUUGCAUAUAUUUUACUUACCUUGUCCCCAGUCCAGAGACACUGGUGUUGCAGACACCCUAUUGGCCUCCCACAAUGGCACGCUAACUCCUCCUAUUCUCGUCCAAUCCAAUGCUUCUCAUAGAGCAGCAUUGAGGAUGAGAAGUACUUGCGCAGUGAGCGCAACACUCUUCCACUCAAGUACUCUCUGUGAGAAGCAUCAGAGGAGGUGAGUUGGGAGAAUCGAGUCUAACUCGGUUCUCACAGUGGGAAGCGCCUCUAGUGGCAGUUAGGAAAAUUAACCUGCAUUGAAAACAUUGCCUAUAGUUUUCAUUUAAUCCAUUUUCCAUGUGUAAUAAAGUAUUUUAAUAAUAAUAAUAAAAAAUUACUAAACACAUAUACCUUUAUAAAUAACUUGACUGGGCUCUUAGCAGGGGAUUGUGAUUGAUAUACACAAUUACACAUGAGGUUUUAGCCUGCCAUUUAUCAUUUAUAGCUGCUUACAAUGAUAGUUUGUUACUCUUUCCAUCUAUAAAUAUGAAAAAUUAAAAAAAGGCUUUCCAAGGUCUGUGAGGCAUUUAUAUGUAUAUAUGUUUUAUUCAUGGAGGAAGCCAAUGGGUUCUCUGUACUUACAUACACAGCACACUCAGCAUGUAUCAGUUAUUUUCCGGUCACUUUCAGUGCGGGCCAUCAUGCUGUUCAAGUGUUAAUUAAAACUCCUGUAGCUCACAGAGAGACCUUACUCACUAGGCUCAGCAUUUAUGCCAGUAACAGUUACUUUGGAGUUGUUUAACCAUUUAGUGAGUGUGUUUAGUUUCCUUUCUUAUGGAGCUCAACCAUUGGCCUCUUUACAAACUGACUUUGCAGCAACUUUGUGCCUGUUAGAUAAUAUCAGUUUCUUGUUAGUUUCAUAUGAAUAUCAGUUAUGGCGUUACUGUGGUGGGACCGCUGCCUGUGCGUGAAUUGCUGUAUUAUAUUCUGUGUGUUUUCUUGUUAGUUUCAUAUGAAUGUACCUGCUCCCCGUUCGGAAGGUCCAUUCACCUCCUGAAAGGGGACCACCCUGAUAACUCAUUUAGGAUGUUGGUUUAGAACGUUCGCACCUCGUUAUGAGGUGUCAAAACCACAAACCGCAUGGAAAGCCUGGGCGCGUGCCUCCCCUGGGUGGCGGCCCAUUCGUUAUACGAACGCCGUCCAGGGGGCGUAUUCGCGGAUUGCUUCCCACCUCGUUCGGUUCCCAAACAAGGACCUCCCCAGUGCCUUUUGGAAUGUUCACACCAAGUAAUUAGAAUGUUGGCAACUUGCAACAUAAGUGUGAAACCGCAAGGGAUGUAAUUAAUGAGUGCUCCCCUGGGUGGCUGCCGUUCGUAUAGACGGGCGGUAGCCAGGGGGAGCAUUUGUGUCCCGAAAGGAGAUGCUUCCCUUGCUUGGUUUCACCCAGGGACCCUGCAAACGGAGGCUGUUCAUGGUGAUUACCGUUCUGAGGGGUCCCUGAGAUUGGUGGGGACACCCUUUGGGGACACUGGCGGUUUGGUGGGCUUUCUGUAACUGGGAGUCCAGGAGGCGGGAAGCUUUCCCACGUUGGGGCUCCCAGGUACAGAGGCUCAUGGGAUGAAGACCCCCUGGUCACCGCAGGUGGGAAUCCCUGAGGAUGGGUGGCGUGAACAGGGGACAAAGGGACUGGAGUUUGGUUUCCGUCAGGAGACCCCUGGAAGGGAGAGGGCCCUGGGAGGGGACACUGAGUGGCGGGAACAGGUGACAAAGGGACUGGGGUUCCGGAUUCGUUAAACGCCCCUGGGAGGGAACAUUGUCUUUGUGUGUGAUCCACCUCUUGCAUGGGGAAAAGUAUAAAGCCGAAUGUGGCCAAUAGAGUUGUUGUUGUACCCCCAGUACUGCGUGUCGUCCGUUUACUGAGUGGGAAAUGGGUCUUUCUGUAUUAUAACUGACUCCCUUCAAGGGAAGGACAUGGCUGAGCAGGGACAAACAGCCGGGUUGCUAGCAGGCCCACUACAGUUACUUUGUUAAAAAAAAAAAAAACCAAUAAGUGAAUCAAAGAGUAAGUCACAUUGAUGAUCUGCAGUGUUAUUGGCAGCUAAUUGUCAUUUAUUGCAAUCAUUCUUCCCAUAAAGCUCCAUUGACAUAGCUGAAGCCGAGCGUUCUCCGGGGGUUGUCCGCCUGCUGUUUGCUAAAGACGUUACUGGGAGCAAUAUCACUGGAAUUGGACAUGAUGAGACUGUAUUUGCCGAUGGUGUGGUAGGUACAGUACAUAGUUGUAAUUUUAUACAAUGUAUCACGACAUGGGAACGUUACUACUUUUAUAUUAAGUUAUGACUAAAAUUUUGAAUAACCCACGCCCAAAUUCUAAGUCUUUAAUACUUAUAGGGGUGGUAGUACACUCAUAGGGUUCAAGACAAACUUCUCCAGCGCCCCCAUGCUUAGUGCCCUUGUCCAUGGUACCUCAAAGUGUGGUAACCCCACGUGGGUAUCUGACGUCUUUGAGGGAGAACUUGUCUUGAUGUUCCCUCCUUUGACCAUCCCUACUAUCGCCUGGCAGAGGGUUCAGUCUGCCCCACAGUAGAGAAUUAAUGCAAAGCACGACUUAAUUUGCUUUUUUUUUUUAACAGUUUUAAAAAUGUUUUGUAUGAAUGUUCUGUGUUAUCAGCAGUUUAUGUUGGUUCCCUUUUGCCCUAGAGUCCUGCCCCUCUGGUUGUUAUAGUAUUUAGUAUUGUGUCAUUGGCUACCUUGCAAGCUCCGUUCCAAUGCUUUCCUUUGGUUGUUCAUGCAGGUGACCUGUGUUGGACACAUUAUAGGUGGAGUGGUCGCCGACACUCAGAUGAACGCACAGAGGGCAGCGAAGGCGGUGAAGGUUUUAUAUGAAGACCUCCCAGCUAUUAUAACUCUACAGGUACAUUCUUUGCACAGACAGUAUGAUGUAGUCUGUUUAUCAUGAUUCUGUUCUAAAAGUUCCAUUUCACAGUGAUAAAUAAUUAAGCUUACCAUAAAACGUAGAACCAGUUAUCUGCUGCAGUAGCCUUCUUCAUGUAGACAUACUUUUUUAUAAGCACACUUUUAAAGCCUUACAAUAUUUCAAUCCUCUAGCAAGCGAUUGAAAAGGAAUCAUAUUAUCAGCCAAUCAAGCAGAUGGAAAACGGAGACCUCGGGUGUGGAUUUCAGGAAGCCGAUCAUAUCCACGAAGGUGAAAAUAACCGCUAAUCACCUUGUUGUAUUCACUAUGUGGAAUCCUGCUAUAUUUUUUGUAAUGUAAUUACAUUCUUUUAAUUAAUUCCUAGACUUUGCUUCAGAAUUUUCGGAACAAUAUUCUGCCUGUGACUAGAUGCCCUGAGCAACUUCUCUUUGUUUGUAAAAGUAGACUUUUUAUGUAAAUACAACUGAUGCUAGCCAAUCAGAGGUCAUCAAGAAGGCCAUCUGCAUAAAGAGCCUAUGAUGUAGCAGAAAAACCAAAAACCAAAAACCAAAACCCAGAUUAAAACCCAGAUCAUGGCAGGUCCACGUUAAAGUCCCCAUGCUCUAUAUUUUUAUUUUGAGACAGCUCCCACAUGUCAACAAUAAAUAAUAAUCUUUGCCUCUAAGUAUAUCUGAAAAUUAGAUUAUCAUCUAUAACAUUUUCCUUGUAAUAAAAAAAACAGGUGCAUAUUAUAAAAAGCCUUUGUAACCUUACCAUCUGCCAGGGGCAGCCCAGGGCACUGUAUUUGAGAGGAACGGAAUUGUUAGUGACAGGGAAAUUCGGCAGCUUCCCAAGAUAAAGCGUGCGACAGGAGCACUGUUAGCAUCAGGCCAUCCUCAGAAUCUGCCUAGUGGUGGGAUUGGCAUAUCUUACUUAUUGGGGUUCAAGGAGGGUAUAUAGGCCUGGGUUUAGAAUUUUUUUAAUAAGUGUUUUUAAAUUAUUUAAUAUGUUAAAAUAUAUAUUUGAUAUUUUUGAUAUGUUGACAUAUUUUUUAUAUGAUAUAUAUUUUUUUAUUGUAACAUUUUGAAAAAUAAUUUAAAAAGUUUAUCGAAAAAAUAUUAACUCAAGGCAAUAAUAAUCACGGCAUGUUUUGUUCUUGCUCUCAAUAUAGAGAGAUAAUGUACGCAAUUCUCACUUGUUUUGCAUUUUCUGUAAUUUGGCCUCUCUCAAGCUACUGGCAAGCCAGAACGCCUUAAGGACUGGUAAUACAUGUCUAUCCUUUAUUCUUUCACUUUCUAGAAGAUAGGAUAGACUACUAUCAUUCUUCACAGUUUUAGAGGGACUAAUUUGGCCACCUGCUCCAUACCUUGUUUCAGUUUGGUGUUUAUUCAGAAUUAGGCUCCCAAUUUGGGUAAUAGGAUUUUUGGGGAUAUCAUCCGAAGUGCCUUGUAUGAUUUUUGCGAAUUUGCUGACACUCUUCAGUAUUAGUUUGGUUUUAUUCUGUUUAGUUACCAAAUAACUAAUAGAAAUGAUGGGAAGAGUCAGAUUAAAAGUAAAAAAAAUAUUACUUGUCAUAUAAAGGUAACUCCAUUAGUUUAUUUGUCAGCUACAAAAUAAUCUGUAAAAGAAGACGCCAUGGGCUAAAACUCACAUGUUCCUCAGCCAUCCAAAGAUUAUCAGAUACGGUUAUUCGCUAAAGUGAGAUUUGUCAGAAAUUUGAAUUGAAUUCAAGGUGGAUUUAAAAUAUAAGGUAAAAGUAGCCAAAAUUGUCCAAGCCAGGUAUGCCCCUAUUUUGGCUACUUUGGACUUACAUUUGAAAUCACUUGGGAUUUUUAGUAAGUCUUACUUAGUAAAUAAACCUGCAAGAGUCACAGGGUAUUAAGUCAAAGAAGGUUUUUUUCCCUCUUACUUCACCUCCCACUUAGUCGUAUCUGUGUGAUGUUUGGUUUUAUAGGUGAGAUUUAUAUCGGGGGCCAAGAACACUUCUACCUAGAAACAAACUGUACUAUCGCAGUGCCCAAGGGAGAGGACGGGGAGAUGGAGCUAUUUGUCUCAACGCAGAAUACAACCAAGACACAGGUGAAAAACGAUCAGUUCCAUGUUUCUGUGUGGCAGCAUAUGUACAUACAUAUACACAUACAUUCACAUACAAAAAAAAUUACACAAAUUCUAACACACACAAACAUAUACACUUCUUCAAACACACACACACACACGCAAAUACUGAAAACCAAAACAUAUACACAUACAGUAAUAAACACCUAACACAGACGCAAACACACACAUAGAAACAUACAUAUUAUAUCACACAAGCAUACAUACAUAGAAACUAGACAUGUACAUUUGUUAUCAGACGAAUAUGAUUUUGUCUGAAUUUUUAAACUUUUUCGUAUUCAUUUACUAUAACAAACGAAAGUCCUACAUACAAAUUACAUACAAAACGAAAGGGCAAAUGCCGAAUGCAUUACCUUUUCGUUUAAGUUAGUUUAGUUUAUUACAAGGAGGGAGCUAUCGGCUCGUGGCUCCCUCCUUGUAAUAUGUGAAAAUAGAAGCAGCAGGGAACAGUACUAUUGUCUCCCCCUCCGUUGGCCGCCACCCUUGAGCAGCGGAUGGGGGACCCUAAGUAACAAUGGGGGGGACCUAUUGUCUCACCCCUGGCCCCCACCCAUGAGCGGCGGGUGGGGGCAGGGCCGGCGCGUCUAUAAGGCGGCACAAGCUUUGGGGCGCACCAGCCCGGGGGGGCUCUAGAUUGGAGUGGGCAUACAGCACUCCUUCCUGCCAGGCACUCUGUGUAGUGUGGCCGAGCGGAGCAGCGCACACUGCGGUACAGGAACUUCUUAUUUCUGUACCUGGCAGACACUGAGAAAGCACUUCCUGUCAGUCAGGCUGGGUACAGGAAACUGAAGCUCCUGUACCGCUGUCUGCUCCGCUCGGCUGGAGGGGCUGGAGAAGAGGAAAAAGAGACAUGGAGGCGCUGAGGGGAGUAGACGGGCUAGUGGUUUAAAGAGAAACUCACAAAGGAGCUGGUAAGAGUAAAAGAUACAAAGGGUCUGGGAAAGAAGGAGACAUAGAGGCUGGGGGGAGUAAGAAACACAAAGGAAAUGGUUUUCUCAUUCUUGUAAAUUGGUAUUUUUGAAGAAAUCCCUUGCCUAUUUUUCUCACUUGGUUCACAUUGGACAGCCACUUUUACGGACCUUUGGUCAGAUUGUCAGUUAUCUGACCCAAUGCUUACAAUUCUUGUAAUCAUCUAUUGCAUUUCAAAAUCAUGUGGAUCUUUCUGCCUACAGCAUUUUCUGUAAUUUGAGCAUUGGGUCAGAUGAUUGACAGUCUGACAAAAGGUGCAUAAAGAUUGCUGUCAGGAAGGGGGAAUGGGAAAGGCAGGCAAAGGAUUUCUGAAAAAUUUGAAUAGUCACAAAUUAAAAAUAUAGUAAGAUGGUAAAUGAUAACAUAGAUAUUAUAGUAAAAUAUAAAAAAUAGCUUAAAUAUUACUUUGCCGAUGAGAUAGUAAAUACCUGGAGAAGCAGUCAAGUGGAUGAAUUAAAUAAAAAUAUAGGGCAGGGAUAGGCAACCUUUUAGCAGCACUGUGCCGAUAUAGGAUGGUGAUGUCCCGUAGCGUGCCGGUCCUAUUUUUUUAAAUUGAGGUGUGUAUGCUGUCGUAUUCUACUUGUGUUGUUUUUGCUGUAAUUGCUUUGUAUCGUUGUAUUUGUGCGUAUAUGAACUAUUAUAUUGUAUAUGUUCAUUAGUAGUUUAUGGUAUUGUGUAUGAUACAUAUGAAUGUGGGCUGUGUAUGAGGGCUGCUUGUGGAAUUGUGUGUGGAUGGAUAUGUCACAUUGUGUGUUUGGUAGUGUGUGUGGGCUGUUUUUGGUAUUGCAUGUGAGAGGCUGCAUGUGGGGUUGUGUGCAUGUAUGUGGAUUGCUAGCGGGUUACAUUUGUGCGGAUUGUGUGUAUGUUUAUGUAUGGGCUGUUCAUAUUAUUUGUAUGAUGGGAGGGUUAUUCUGCAUUUUUGUGUAUAUCUUGCAGUGUGUGUGGCUUCCCUGGGUUCCAGUGGGGACCAGGCUGGCCAGAUAUAGGUUUAAGGACAGGAGCUGCAACAGCAGCUGCGGGCUGCUCUACUACAGUGUGCAUUCCCAUUCACAAGUGCUGGGAGGAAGUGAUCUGCGAUCACUUCCUCUAUGUACUGCAAUGCUUAAAUUGAGGAUUGUCCUUCACCACCUCUUUGUAUUAGCAGAUAUAUGAAGUUUUACUGGGAAUCCUGAUAGGCCAGUUUGGCUCUAGCAUCCUUGAGUGCCGUGCAAAUACACCUUAAGUGCCGUGCAUGGUAUUAGUGCCGUAGGUUGCCUACCCCUGAUAUAGUGUGAAGUGUAAAGGGGUAGAUUAGAUAGGGUCUAAGUGGAUUUGAUCUGACUUUCCCAAAAAAUAUUACUACAAAGUUUUACUUUUAAAGCCCAAAUUGACUAGUUGCUCAUAAACAGAGCAAAGGCCAGGGGGGAGACCUAAUGCGAAUGCCUGGCAAUUCAAUGCUUUUCUAUAGGAAAAAGAAUCUGUCACUGGAGGUCCGUGAGGACGUCCAGCGUCAGAUAACGGACCAAAAGCCAGUUUGGAUUCCGGAAGCCCUCUACUGGCUGCAUGUUAGACAUUGUUUUACAUUGCAGCACUAAGUGCAAAAGGGUCACAGCACCCAGACUAUUUCAAUUAGCUGAAGUGGUCUGGGUGCCUACAGUGUCCCUUUAAUUGUUCAGAUCCUACAUAGUAUUUCCUCAAUUUAUCCUCUUCAAAGAUACAUUUCUCUUGGCUACUGUCUGGCCCUCUAUUCAUUCCAUACCUGCAUGUCUAAUAUUUAACUUUUCUCGUUGUUCUGUCUGUAAAUGGUCAUUUGUACAUAAUCAUUAAUCGUCAUAAAGAGCUCUGGACAGGGAUGGUUAUAAUUGUUAGUUGAAUAAAUAAUUAAUUCACACUGUUUCCUUAAUUCUAAUUAAUAAAUACCAAUUACAAAUUGUGUUUCUUCCCAAAUAUUAGUCGUUUGCUGCAGAUGCCAUUGGCGUCCCGUCCAGUAGGAUUGUGGUUCGAGUUAAGAGAAUGGGUGGAGGGUUUGGAGGAAAGGAGUCCCGGAGUACCAUUAUAUCAACUGCAGUGGCUGUGGCUGCGCACACGUAAGCCAUAACACUUUGCUAUCUUUAAACUGAAUAUCUCAACUUUAAAGUGCCAGAAUAGAUUUUCUUGUUUAAAAAAAUAUAUAUAUAUAUAAUUAAUUCAGUAGUAUUGUCACUUGAUGCUCCUCUUUCUUUUUACGAAGGGAACAACCAUUUCCCUCUCCAGUCUGUCUUCAGUAUGGUAAAUGGGGCUAAGCAAAUCCAUGGUUCUGGAGCUCCUGUCUAACUCAUGUACCCUCGGAGGCCGCCCAGUGACGGCUGAUGCACAAGAGGGGAUCAAAGGAAGAUCUUGUGAGACCGCAGAUUCUCUCAUGGAUCUUCUUGCACAUUCACAAUUAGAUGUGUGUUACCAUCCACUGUCGUAGUGCAACUUAAAAUAAUGUGAUUUUUACUUUUUUGGUCUUUGCGACCUUGAUAUUGGAGAAUACACAGUGGAUAAGCUAACUAUUGUAUCUAUGUAGCAUUGCUUUCUGUUUUGCUGUUUUCUUUUUCUUUUUCUUUUUUUAUUACAAGGUUCGGGAGGUUAUCUAAUUUCUUCUAAAUGUCACUAAACCCUCGAGAGGUGCUCAGAUUUUCUUGCUGGCCUUUAUUUGCUCCUGCCAUCUCAAAUCGCUUUUUUCCUAUCCGUUUAGUUUUUUGUGUUUUUUUUGUUGUUGUUGUUGUUUAGUAAGUAUAUUUCGUACAGUAAUAUUAAUGUUUUUUAUGGAGCACAAUUAAGUGAGUUUCCAUUAGGGUUGGGUAUGAUGAGGUUGCUGCAUGGCGCUGGAGAUUAUCAGUAGACAUGUACAAUUUGUUUCGUUCCGAAUGUAAAUUCGUCCGAAUUUCGGCAAUUCGGACAUUUGGAUGCUUCUGAAUUGCCAAAGUCCCGAAUUGCCGAAGUGCCGAAUUUCGGAAGUGCCAAAGUGCUUCGGAUUUCUGAAAUGUGGCAAAACAAGAGAGGUAUGGAAAAUUACAUGAAUGAUCGAUCAAUAAGCUAAUUCCUGGCACUGGGAGCCCUAUAGAUGUGUAAGUGGUUGUAGUGCCACUACAGGCACCUAACCCUACCCCUAAUCCUAACUUUAACCCUACCCUAAGCCUACCCUACUCCUAACCCUACCCCUAACCCUACCCUAACUCUUACCCUACCCUACCCUAACACUAACUCUAACCCUACCCUAACCCUACUCCUGCCCCUACCCCUACCCCUAACCCUACCCUAAACUAACCCUACCCUAACCCUAACCUUACCCUAGCUCUAACAAUAAUAAGAAAAUAUAUUUCAAAAUAUGGAAACCAAGGAUAAAUCUUUGGCUAAUGAAACGAGGGGUCAUAUGAUAUAUAUUCAACAUAUCUAACUGUUUUAUUUUAAGCUGGAUGCUCCACCGCCAUGCAGUAACUGAAACUCAAUAUAUCUCAUUUAACUUAACAUAAUUUCCUAGGUCCUAACUUAACUUUAUUGAAUCCUGUUUGGGCUCUUUUUUCUAUAUUGUAUAGGACCAGGGGAACUAAUUGAUUAUUACGUGCUUAAUAAAAAGUCGAUGUGUGGCACAUAAACUCAUUACCCCAGUAUAAUCGGGGCUUUUCUUUUUUUUUUCUUGCGUACUGCCAUUUAGUAAGCCUCUUUUUAGAACUGCCUAAAAUGUUCUCCCUUUUUUUUGUGUGUGUGUUCUUUUUGUUGUUUAAUUAGCUUUAUGAGUAAUUAUGGUUAUUAGAAUCUGUCUACUUAAAGUUUAUGAUUAGAGUUCAAGAAGUACCUUAACUGUUAUGUAAUAACUCCUGAUGGAAUAUUAAAGCUCAAAUGUAUUAGCUGUAAUCUGUCAUAUAAAAAAAUAAAUAAUAAAAAAUAUAUAAUGUGAUUAAAUUAGUAGACAGGUUAGCGUAAAGAGCGAUAUUUCUAUAGGACUGUGUAUUUUUUUCAAACAGGACUGGUCGGCCAGUGAGAUGUAUGUUGGAUCGAGAUGAAGACAUGCUUAUAACGGGUGGACGACACCCCUACCUGGGACACUAUAAGGUACGCUUACAGCGUUAGUUACUAAAGGUAGAAUUACUGGGAAUUCAAAGUGAAUGUCAGCUUAAAAGGAAAUAUUAUCUUAGUCGGAUAUGCUUCUAGUUCAGCUAUUUUAUCUAAAAUGUUAAAUUCACACUGAAUUCACGACAAUUCCCCUUUUAGUAAGUAACCCUGUUUCUCUAUGUGUUGUGUUUUUAUAACUGUUUCCUUCGUCUUAAAUGUUUCAAAAGGAAGUUCUAAAGAAAUCUGAAAACUGAAACAUCUAUUUGUAACCCUUCUGCAUAAAACCUAAAUAAACUGUCAUGAUAUUGCAUUGAUAUUUCUCAUCCCUUUUUGUAAACUAGUUCAAUUAUCACAUGUUGCUAAUAUUUUAACAAAUUAACCAUUUGUAAACGCAAGAUGUCUAAAACGCAAAUCGGAACUUUCAUGUAAGCUUGGCUUUCAAGUCUUUAAUGCAUUUUAGGUUCAGAAUUUCUUGGUAGCCAACAGGUAGGAAUUGUAGCUCAGAAGUAACUGGAUUUAUUUAAUUUAUUUUUAUUUUGUUUCAAUUUCACCCAGAUAUUGCAUCAGGGCUUCUACUUCUUAUACUGACUUCUGCCCCUCGCUAACUAGUUAUUCAGUAAAGUGAGAAUUGCAUGUGAAUUUUACAUUUAAAGCCAGAGUAGCCAAACUAAAAUCCCAGCUGACUUUUUCCAAUUUGGCUAUUUUGACCUUAAAUGUAAAAUUCUCGUAGAAUUCCCGCUUUAGACUAACCUUGUAAGUAAUCGCCAGGUUAACAGUCCCUCCAUCGAAAAAACCUGUGCAAUAUUUAUGUAAUUUACUAACAUGUGCGUACCUCCCCACUCCAGCGAUUAAUGAUGUGCUCGCACUAUGCUUGUUAAGGAUAGUUUCUUGGGGCCCCUAAAAGUGAGACACCAGGGAACUAAGUUGGCAUGGCGGGACAGGACCAUCAAAUCAGGGCUGUCCUGCCGAAAUCAGGACAGUUGGGAGGCAUGUAUGUGUAAAGUCUCUCUCUCGGUUAUGUAUCUAGACUCUGUAAUAUAGAUCUGUAAUAUAGAUCAUUAAACUUCCUGAACCUAUCGCAGCUUAGCACAUCAAGCCAAACCACCUUAUUAUAUCACCCAGUGAUGGACGUUGUAUGUCUUAACCAAACUUCUAUCACGGCAGGUUGGAUUCAUGAAAAGUGGGAAAGUGACUGCUUUAGAGGUAUCUUUCUACUCAAAUGCUGGCAACACGUUGGAUCUCUCGGAAGCGGUAAGCUUAUCAGAGUAUAACCCUAAUAUCUAUAAAGCUGUCCUGAUAAUACUAGAGGAAACAAGGGGUAUUUUCAUUUAGCCAUGGACCCUCUGUUCACAUACUUCAUGGUUGUCUAAUGAUACGUCAUCACAGUCAUCUUUUCACCCAAUUCGUUAUGUCGCUCAGUGGUGGGUUCCAGAAUUUGACAUAAAUAUACAAAGUUGUAAUUUAUCACUGUGCCAGGGUAUUAAGUCAUACCCGGUGGGUCUCAUAAUAUGACAUCAUAUAUCUCAAUCACUGCAGUCUGGUAAAGUGACAGAGAUCUUUCCCUCAAGACCACCAACUCUUCCAUCUAUUAUCUUUAUGGUUAUCACUAAACUACAGAGAAAACUUUAAGUGGUUCUGACAUGUUUUAUAUUCUUUUGUGUUUCCUUCCCUAUGCCCCGUGUACCUUAAUUAUUAUACUCCCCUACUUUCCACUUGCUUUGUCUCGAUACCUGGAACAUCCAUUUUAUUUUACUCGGCCAUGAUGUCUGCUGUUUAUGCUACUUUAAGAGUUGAUUUUACUAAUGGAUUGUGGGUAAAUUUGAUUGGCAUCUGACUCAGAACCUUUGUUAGGCUCUGGCCAUUGUCAAGUUCUGUAUGCCAAAAAGAGAUCGUUCAGAAUGGUACUUUUAUUCAGAUAUCUUCCCCAGCUUUGUAUUCAGUCUCAUUGUAAUAUGAUAAAAGAGAGACAAAGUGCUACAAUAUAUAUUAAAAACAAGAUAAAGUGCAAAAAACAGAUUUAUUCACUUCCACAUAAGUAUACAACAGCAGGUGUAGUAUGUGUCCACAAGUCCUACGCGCUCCAACCCACCAGGGACUUCCUCGGGGCAGUUCUGUUGUGCAUAAUAAUCCAACAUGGAUAUAGGAUCAGUAACUGUUUUUAUUUAUACGUUGUCAAAGUCUAUCGGCUUGGCUGCUAUAUAUACAGAAGUAGUCCCUAUAUUUCUUAAUGUAUUUAUUGACAACAAGAAAUUCAGACAAAGGAUUUGCUAUAUGGAAGCUGAUAAGAAAAGGUUUAUUUUGAUAACAAAGGUACUUUAAAUUUAUCAACAGCAACUGCAGUGUAAGACUUUUUUUUAUUUAGAAACAGCUACAGCUUUUAAAUGGGUAGCUUACGGUAACAUGGAUGGUGUUUGUUUUCAUACAGGUAAUGGAUAGAACUUUAUUUCACAUGACCAAUUCCUACAAAAUUCCAAACAUUAGAGGCACGGGAUACGUUUGUAGGACUAACUUACCUUCUAACACGGCAUUCCGCGGCUUCGGGGGACCUCAGGCGAUGAUGAUUGCAGAAUGUUGGAUGAAUGACGUUGCCCAGAUAUGCAGUUUGCCACCAGAAGAUGUAAGUCAUAUAAAUGGAGGCUCAUCGAUGUCACAUCCUAAACGGCUAAAAUAAUAUGACAUUUUCACUCACUAAAUUGGGAGUUAUUAAGGACUUGAUCAUUGCAAAUUUUAGGCAAAAUAGUUUAUCUGUAAAUUGAAGUUGGAGAAUUGGGUUAUUUUUUCAUGAAAUUUGCAAUUUUCUGGUCAUGUCUCUGCUAUAAACCCCAUAGUGUUUAGGAGUUUUCAAAUGAAUAUUCAAUUAAUCAUUAACUCCAUUUGGCACUAAGCAAUGUGCACUGUUUGCCAUUUAAACUCGGAUGUGUUUCUGGACUUUGGGGAACACAUUUUGGAAAGUCCUGCCACGUGUGAUUUCUAUUCUUCAUUUCAGUUCUUCAAAUGUUUAAUAUAAAAUAAAUAGAAGCCGUGACAGUAUUGUUUCUUUUAUAUGGAUUGUAGAGUUUCUUUUAAAUAAUCUCUUUCCAAUUUACAAUUUACAUAGCAUUGAAACCAAAGAAUAACGUUCAAACUGAAACAAAAAGAGUGACAAAUUCUAAUUAUCUGAAGGAAGAAUAGAAAAAUGAUAUACUUAUUGAUUGUGCUACAUGUAACUAUUACUAGCAGAAUAGUACUGGAUUUUAUAUUUUUUGGGGCCCGCUGGUAAACAUGAUAUGUGAGAUGCUAAUAUAAAGAUUAAUUUGGUCAGUAAACACAGACGCAUUACUCCAGAAAACCUACUUUUUAGAUAUAAAGCAGGACCUAGAUCAGGCAUAGGCAACCUUCGGCACUCCAGAUGUUUUGGACUAUACCUCCCAUGAUGCUUUGCCAGCAUUAUGGGUGUGAGAGCAUUAUGGGGGAUGUAGUCCACAACAUCUGGAGUGCCGAAGGUUGCCUAUCCCUGGCCUAGGUAGUCACUGGUGGUGCAAAUACUGCUUUAUUGAAACUCUUCUAAAACUAAUUGGGUAAUCCCCAGAUUAUACAUGCAUGGCUUUUCUUUCCUGGGGAUGCUAGCCUGUAUUGAAUAUCGGUUUUAAUUUGUACAGAUUGUAUUAAAUUAUUGUUUUAGAUUGUUUUCCCCUAGUUAAAGGAGCACUAUAGUGCCAGGAAAACAAACUUGUUUUACUGGCACUAUAGGGUCAUUAGGCUGUCAGCCACUUACCUUUCUCCAGCGCCAGGCUCCCUCUGUGCUGGGGAGCACUCCACCCCCUGCCGACGUCAGAUCCGAAUGCGCAUGCCCGCACGCGUUCAAACAGCCCAUAUGAAAGCAUUACUCAAUGAUUUCCUAUGGAUGUCCAGCGUCUUCUCACUGUGAUUUUCACAGUGAGAAUCGUGGAAGCGCCUCUAGCGGCUGUCAGUGAGACAGCUACUAGAGACUGGAUUAACCCUCAGUGAAACAUAGCCAUUUCUCUGAAACGGCUAUGUUUUCAGCUGCAGGGUUAACACUAGAGGGACCUGGCACCCAGACCACUUCAUUGAGCUGAAGUGGUCUGGGUGCCUAUAGCGGUCCUUUAAGACGGUACCAACAUAAUUUAUUCACAUACAUAAACUUCCACUCGUAUUAAAAUCAAACAACAUUAUUUUUGGGAAAUAAUUCAUUGACAUUUUAUUUCAGCAAUCUGCAUUUGACGUCUUUUUAAUUUAAGGUGAGAAAGUUGAACUUGUUCAAUGAAGGAGACCUGACCCAUUACAAUCAAAAGUUGGAAGGUUUCACUGUACACAGGUGCUGGGACGAAUGUCUAAAAAACUCUGACUAUCACAAGAGGAAGCUUUCAAUAGAAGAGUUUAACAGGUGAUAAUCGGACAUUACUUAACACGUUAUCUGUAUAAGACUCCACAGGUAAAGCCGAAUAGAUUUAUACAUUCGGUGUGGGUUAAACGAAAUUGAUUCAGACAAACCACUUCAAACCAAGUUUUGCACAAGUUUAUUGACAACUAAAUGUCUCCAGUUCCUCAACACUAUUUAUAUGUUUUAUUUAGCGUUCUGAAAAUAUUUAUCAAAUUAAUUAAGAAACACUUGCUGGUUUAUUUAUUAAUCGUGGAAUUGUGGAGAAAUGACAACGUAAAUUGCAAAUUUCAGGCCAAAGUAGUCAAGGUGACAAAAAUAGCCAAGAUGUGAAUUUUUCCCAAACGAGGUAUUUUAACCUAAGUGGUGGAAUACCUUGAUGAUUCCUUUGGCAAUUCUGUACAAUUCCCCCAGCUCAGUGUAUAAACUCCCAAAUGUGAGGGGAGCAUCACUUUACAUCGGGGAUCGUAUCUCAACUACGGACGGUCAAUUUUUAAAUUGAUGGCAUAUUUUUCUAAAAAAACAGUAUUUUUUUAAUUAAAGGUUUACUCCAAGCAUCAGGACCCCUUCAGUAGUCAUAGUACUCCUGGCAACAUAUCUACAUACCGGGCUGUAGCAGAUAUGAUUCCUGGAGUAACCCUUUAAGGAGGUAAUCUUAAAUUGGUUCAUUAUUUCUUUAAAUUCGGAACAGUAUCUCUUUGUAAUAGUGGAAAGAAAGAAAUGGAAGAAAUGCCAAGAAUUAUCGAAGUAGCUUUUUUGGUGUCUCUUAUAAAUCAUUAGAGGACAUGUAUAGAAUUCCGUCCGUGUGUCUGUCUGUAUAACGAUUGUUUUGUUGCAGGCAGCACCGCUGGAAGAAGAGAGGUAUUGCCAUUACUCCCACAAUGUUCGGAAUAAGUUUUACUCUUACCUUACUGAACCAGGUUUGCUAACAUUUUCCUUCUUUAUCUACUGAAUGUAUAUUUGUACAUUAUAAAUGUGUCCAGGUAUCCACCCACCACACUUUACUCAUAAAUCAGCUUAAUUAAACAGCACUAUACUUUGUAAUUUUCCUCUACACAGCUUCCCUUAGUUUGAUUAAGCCUAUACGUAUGUUACAGACAGACAGACAGGUAGGUAGGUAGAUGAUAGAUGGUAGGUAGGUAGAUGGUAGGUAGGUAGGUCGGUAGAUGGUAGGUAGGUAGAUGUUAGAUGGUAGGUAGGUAGAUGGUAGGUAGGUAGGUCGGUAGAUGGUAGGUAGGUAGGUAGGUAGAUGGUAGGUAGGUAGAUAGAUGGUAGGUAGGUAGCUAGAUAGAUAGAUAGUUGGUAGAUAGGUAGAUAGAUGGUAGGUAGAUAGAUAGAUAGAUCAAUCUUCUGAAGGGCAGGAAUGAUAAUGAGGCACUAGACUUCACCCUUACAAUUUGACUCUGUCCCCUGACUUUUUGCACUCUAUCUGUAUAUUUAACCUCUGACCUAAUGAGCGGUUGGAACAUUUUCAACUCCUCAAUCUAUAUAUAGGUGUAUUUAGUACAACACUAAGUUUAAAGGGGUCAGACUUCACUCCAUGACUACCCAAUCAUUUUAGAAAACAGGACAGUACAGGCCAAUCUUGGUUGUUUGCUUUUAUAAUAUGCAUUCAGCAAAUAGGUGAUGGUACCCCUUUACUAGUGCAAAUGUCAGGUUAAAGAAAUAAAAUAUAUGGAUAAAAAUAAACGAACACUUAUUUAACGUUUGAAAGUAUUAAAACUUACUGUAGAUAUCUUUUUUGCUAUCAUAAAAUUAAAUAAAUGUAAAAUUUAUUUUUUUCCAUUCUAAGGACAUUUCUGUGUCAGUGGAUUCGUACUGUGCGGCUGUUAACAUGUGUAAUGUUUAUUUAUUCUUGUUACAGGCCGGAGCGUUGGUCCAUGUGUACACGGAUGGGUCCGUUUUGCUUACUCACGGGGGGACUGAAAUGGGUCAGGGACUUCACACCAAGAUGAUCCAGGUGUGUAACAGAGAUACAUUUAAUGCAUGGUGGCCAAGAGCAUGGACUGGUGUUAUGAUCGUUCUGCCAUUGUUACAGCGAUAAAGACUGCAUCCAUCUCUAACCAUGCUGAGAUUAGAUAUGAGUAUAUGUAACUCAGUGUCUGAAUUAUUGAUUGAUUAGUUUAAAGGGACAAUUGUGGGGAUAUUUAUGGGAUAAUAAUAGUAACAGUGAGAAUUGCCCACUAAUUCAAUUCUCAGAUCCCAAAGAACGUUUAUCGUGUUAAGUGAAAAGUAUUUCAUAUAAAUAAUCACAAUGUAUAAAAAUAGAUUUUAUUUAUGAUAAUCAAUAAUUAACAAAUAAUAUUAUGUAACAUGCAUGACAAUAACCAAUGAAUAUCCAGUACAAAAUUAUAUGCAAUACAAAGAAAUGGGUAUUACGUUACAAUGGCUAAAUAGCAUUUCCUGUCAAGACUUUGACGAUUUAUGAGGUAUCCUUACACAGAUUGAAAGUGAAACUUUUCACAGCGAAGAACAGAAUUCCUCAAAGUGCAGCGUGAGGUCGUAAAGUUUAGCCGACAGUUAGAAUAACCCUUUCAAUGCUGGCUAGAUCUCCUAGGUAGUUAAGAUCUAUUCUUAUGUAAUUUUUAAAUAAAAUAACAUUUAAACCAGUUCAUUAGUAAUUUUCUUAAAAUCAUCCAAUAAGAGAAUUUACCAUUAUAUAAGCAGAUUUUUAAUUUGUCUAAAAGAUAUCUAUCUUAAUUUAGAGCAAAUCAAUACACCUGGAUAAAAACAGCGGUAUGCUAACACGUGAUAAUAUCACAUCAAUAUAUAAUUAUUCUUAAUUCCACCUGCAGAAUGGAAUAUUUAUAACUAUAUAUUCUUAGUUAACUAAGAUUUCUUAAUAUGGAAAUCUGACCGUGCUUUAUCCAGUCAUAUAUAAUGCUAUUAAUACAUUUUAAUUAAUUUAAUUUAAUUAAAUGAAACCAGUAUAAUUACCAGUUGAGUAGAUAUUUCAUCCGAUUGGUAGUCUCUCUGCAUGGAGGUGUUGGUUAGAAAGUCAGUAAAUUCUAAGUGUUAGAGUUUUAGGAGUAGAGUGUUAGUCUCAGAUGUUGUCCGAGUUGGAGUCCCCAAACUUCCAAUUCCUCUCUCCUCUCCUUUGCAUAUCUUGCAUCUGCCUCCUCUCUCGUAUAUCUCUAUCUUCCCUUUGUCUUAACUUUUAAAGGGCCAUACUCUCUGUACGUCAUCAGUUGAUAACCCAAUAGAAGCACUAGAGGUGUGGUUAUCUUCCAGAUCGCAAAUUAGUUAUUUGGUCUAUAGAGGGCAGUCUUGUCCCACUAAACAUACCUAUCCAGGAAAGAGUUAACUUUUCCUGGUGGCUAUUUUGACGUCAUUUUGGCCUAUCUAGAUAGUGGCUAUAACUUAAAAUUUCAAAUGGGUUUCUUAAAUUUUGUCCAGACUUAGCGUCUGCAAUUCCUGCCAUAAUUUCUGAUAUGACAGAUCAUGAACUAAGUUUACCCUUUUCCAUACAAUGGUACCUUAUAUAUAUAGACAGUUAAAUAUUAAAUUAUUUAAUCUUCUCUGUCACAAUUGUCUGGGUUUAGAUUUGAUUAUAUUCUUCUUAUCACUUGUUUAUACUAUGCUAUGCAUUCCUUAGCUCUGGCAAAGAGGCCAGUCUUACAGAAAGAAAUACUGUGUCUCUUUGUUAACUUGAAAUAACAAAAUGGAGUCUGGUCUGUUCAGAGUGACUCAGAAUAUACACUUUUAGUUUCUAUCAUAGCACAAGAUGUCUGCCGAUAUAAAUACCCUGACAUAAUAUAGUCAACUACAGUUUAAUGUAGUUGUUCUGGUGAAUAUAAUCAUUCCCUUCAAGCAUUUUCAUGCAAACACUGCCUUUUCAGAGAAACAUUGCCCCCUAGGGACACCUCCUAGUGGCCACUCCUCAGAUGGCCACUGGAAGUGCUUCCUAGGGCAGUGCUGCACAUAGGCAGCACUGCUGUUCAGCUUUGCAUGGAGACGCUUACUGGCCAAAACUAUGUUUGGCCCCACCCCCAUCUCACCUCCUUGUCAAUUUCAGCCAAUGGGAAAGCAUUGGAUUGGCUGAUGUCACCAAGGAGGUGGAUCAGGGGCGGGGUCAGCACCGGUGGACAGGACAGGCUCCUGAAAUAAGGUGAGUUUUAAUCCCUUCCAAGGGAGUUAAGGAGGGACAAGUCACCUAAAUUGUGGUUUUAACACUAUAAAUGUUCACAUUUGGCGCCUUAACAUGUGAGUGUCAACAGUAGCUCUAUCACAGAUCUGAGAUUGAACUGCGCAAGACUUACUCUGGCAUUGGAAACAAUAUAAAUAAAUAAAGUGCUGUUAUAGGUUAUAUCUGCACUUGGCAUUUCCAGUGUUGCAAAUUAUUGUUUUUUUAUUGUAGGUCGCCAGCAAAACUUUGAAAAUACCAACUUCAAAAGUAUUUAUAAGUGAGACGAGCACCAAUACAGUCCCCAAUACAUCUCCUACUGCUGCAUCGGCCAGCUCUGACCUCAACGGGAUGGCGGUUUAUGUGAGGCUCUCUCUAUCUAUCAAUUAAUGAAUGUGACGUGUGUGAUAAAUUAUAUAGAGAUGCUGAAAAUGUGCACUUAUUGUAAAUGGAGGGAUGCAAAAGGGCAAUAUUUAAUAGUAUUGUUUAAUGUAUGUGUGUAUAUAUAUUUAUAGAAUGUUUUCUUUAAUUGUGCAUGUGUAUCAUAAAGAGGAAUACAAAAUGUUUUUUUAAUUUUUAAUUGCAUGUAAAUGUGUGAUCAUGGGAGGGCUGGCCAGAGGGGGAAGGGAGGACCAGGCCGCUAGUAUACAUUAUGAAACCAUAUUCUUUUGUUAUUAAUGUAAUACAUUUAAUGCAGUAUUAGUAUAAAAAACUCAAUAUAAAAUGAAGAAAGGGGGCGGAGUGUGGUGAGACAAUGGUUCGACCUCAAGAUGGCCUUUUUGUUUGUAUUGUCCCUCGCCCCACCACCCAGGCCACAUGUAGCCAGCAGUGUAAUAAGAAAGCACAUGGAAUAUAAUAAGUAAAUGUCAAGGUGUCAACUAUAUCAUCUCAUCCUCAGGGAAGAUAUACAGUGAGGGAAAUUGAUUUUUAACGUUUGUCCACUGACAUAGAAAUGAUCAGUGUAAUAUUUUAAUGGUAGGUGUAUUUUAACAGUAAGAGACAAAUAACCAAAAAAAAUAAAUAAAUCCAGAAAAACGCAUGUCAAAAAAGAUAUACAUUGCUUUGCAUGUCAAUGUGCAUGUCAACUUAGUACUUGGUGGCCAAACCCUUGUUGGCAGUCACAGAGGACAGACAUUUGUUAUAGUUGGCCAUUAGGUUUGCAUACAUCUCAGGGGGGAUUUUGUCCCACUCCUCUUUUCAGAUCCUCUCCAAGUCUCUUAUGGUUUCAAGACAAACGUUUGGCAACUUGAACCUUCAGCUCCCUCCACAGAUUUUCUAUGGGAUUAAGGUCUGGAGCCAUAGGAGUGGCUUCUUCUUUAGCCACUCCUAUGUUGUAAAGGAGUCAUUAUCAGACUGGAGCAAUUUAACUGGGGUCCAAGAGAAAUGGGAUUAUUUAACAGUUGCACUGCUGAAGGCAACAGAAAUUUGCAUUAGACUUGUCAGUAAAAGCAAAAAAUUCAAGAAACCACUGUGGUACUCUGCAGAUGUGGCCAAAAUAGUAAAAACCAAAAAAUUUGUAUUUAGUAAUUAUAAAAAAUCCAGAGUGAGGAAGACAGAAUGAUUUAUAAGAUUAGGCAGAAAGAGGCUAAGCAUGUUAUAAGAGCUUCCAAAUCACACACAGAAGAGAAAAUAGCACAGUCAGUAAAAAAGGGGGACAAAACAUUUUUUAGAUACAUAAAUGAGAAAAGGAAAGUUGUUAGAUUAAAAACAAAAGAAGGAAGGUAUGUAGAAGAGGAUAAAGGUCUAGCUGACUACCUCAAUUAAUAUUUUUGUUCAGUAUUUACAGAUGAAAAUUAAGGAAAAGGACCUCAGUUAGGAAAAAGGACAAAUGAGCCAUUUAUUACACGUGAGUUUACAGAAGAUGAGGUUCUAUUUCAACUGUCAAAAGUAAAGACAAAUAAGUCAAUGGGACCUGAUGGAAUACACCCAAAGUUUUUAAAAGAGCUUAGUGGUGUACUAGAAAAACCAUUAACAGAUUUAUUUAACCAAUCAUUGUUAACAGGAGUAGUCACAGACGAUCUGAAGCUAGCGAAUGUUGUGCCCAUUCACAAGAAAGGUAAUAGGGAGGAGUCGGGCAACUAUAGGCUUCAGUAGUGGGGAAAGUGAUGGAAACCAUGUUAAAGUAUAGGAUUUUUGAACAUCUAAAAACACAUGGAUUUCAAGAUCAGAGACAACAUGGGUUUACUUCAGGGAGAUCAUGCCAAACAAAUCUUAUUGAUUUUUUUGAUUGGGUAACUAAAAUUAUAGAUCAGGGUGAUGCAGUAGACAUUGCUUACCUAGAUUUCAGUAAGGCUUUUGACACUGUUACACAUAGAAGGCUUAUCAAUAAAUUGCAAUCUUUAAGUUUGGAUUCCAAUAUUGUUGAAUGGGUAAGGCAGUGGCUGAGUGACAGGCAACAGAGGGUUGUAGUCAAUGGAGUAUAUUCGAAGCUUGGGCUUAUCACCAGUGGGGUACCUCAGGGAUCUGUACUUGGACCCAUUCUCUUUAAGAUUUUUAUUAGUGAUAUUGCAGAAGGUCUUGAUGGUAAGGUAUGUCUUUUUGCUGAUGAUACUAAGAUAUGUAACAGGGUUGAUGUUCCAGGAGGGAUAAGCCAAAUGGCAAAUAAUUUAGGUAAACUAGAAAAAUGGUCAGAGUUGUGGCAACUGACAUUUAAUGUGAAUAAGUGCAAGAUAAUGCAUCCCAAGGGCAGGGUACAGAAUAUUUAAAAGAGUCAUAACCGAACAUCUGAGGAAAGGGAUUUAGGGUGAUUAUUUCUGAUUACUUAAAGGUAGGCAGACAAUGUAAUAGAGCAGCAGGAAAUGCUAGCAGAAUGCUUGGUUGUAUAGGGAGAGGUAUUAACAGUAGAAAGAGGGAAGUGCUCAUGCCAUUGUACAGAACACUGGUGAGACCUCACUUGGAGUAUUGUACACAGUACUGAAGACCGUAUCUCCAGAAGGAUAUCGAGAGAGAGUUCAGAGAAGGGCUACUAAACUGGUUCAUAGAUUGCAGGAUAAAACUUAGAAGGAAAGGUUAAAGGAACUUAACAUGUAUAGCUUGGAGGAAAGACAAGACAGAGGGGAUAUGAUAGAAACAUUUAAAUACAUAAAGGGAAUCAACACAGUAAAGGAGGAGACUAUAUUUAAAACAAGAAAAACUACCACAACAAGAGGACAUAGUCUUAAAUUAGAGGGGCAAAGGUUUAAAAAUAAUAUCAGGAAGUAUUACUUUACUGAGAGGGUAGUGGAUGCAUGGAAUAGCCUUCCAGCUGAAAUGGUAGAGGUUAACACAGUGAAGGAGUUUAAGCAUGCGUGGGAUAGGCAUAAGGUUAUCCUAACUAUAAGAUAAGGCUAGGGACUAAUGAAAGUAUUUAGAAAAUUGGGCAGACUAGAUGGGCCGAAUGGUUCUUAUCUGCCAUCACAUUCUAUGUUUCUAUGUUGCCUUGGCUAUGUGUUUUGGGUCAUUGUCAUGCUGGAAUACCCAUCCAUGACCCAUUUUCAAUGCCCUGGCUGAGGGAAGGAGGUUCUCACCCAAACACGGCGAGUUGAGUUGAUGUCAAAGAGCUUGAUUUUGGUCUCAUCUCACAACAACACUUUCACCCAGUUCUCUGAGUCAUUCAGAUGUUCAUUGGCAAACUUCAGAUGGGCCAGUACAUGUGCUUUCUUGAGCAGGGGGACCUUGCAGGCUCUGCAGGAUUUCAAUCCUUCACGGCAUAGUGUGUUACCAAUUGUUUUCUUGAUGCCUAUGGUCCCAGCUGCCUUGAGAUCAUUAAGAAGAUCCGCCCGUGUAGUUCUGGGCUUAUUCCUUACCGUUCUAGUGAUCGUUGAAACUCCACGAGGUGAGAUCUUGCAUGGAGCACCAGACCGAGGGAGACUGACAGUUAUUUUGUGUUUCUUCCAUUUGCAAAUAAUCGCACCAACUGUUGUCACCUUCUCACCAAGCUGCUUGGCGAUGGUCUUGUAGCCCAUUCCAGCCUUGUGUAUGUCUACAAUCUUGUCCCUGACAUCCUUGGACAGCUCUUUGGUGUUGGCCAUGGUAGAGAGUUUGGAAUCUGAUUAAUUGAUUGCUUCUAUGGACAGGUGUCUUUUAUACAGGUAACAAGGUGAGAUUAGGAGCACUCCCUUUCAGAGAGUGCUCCUAAUCUCAGCUCAUUACCUGUAUAAAAGACACCUGGAAGCCAGAAAUGUUUUUGACAUGUGUUUUUCUGGAUUUUUAUUUUUGUGGUUAUUCUGUCUCUUACUGUUAAAUUACACCUACCAUUAAAAUUAUAGACUGAUCAUUUCUUCGUUCAAAAUAUAUAUACUUUAAUAUCAAAAACUUUUUUCCCUCACUGUAAACUCCAAUAUUCUGUAUUAGAGCUAACCCCAAAUUUGUUUUAGACCAACCUGACACCUACCCAUUUAUUGAUUAGGUUAUUGCCCUACAAAGUCAGCUGUAUUAAUAAUUUUUUCUCCACUUAGAAUGCUUGUCAGAAACUCCUGAAACGGUUGGAACCUUAUAAACAGUCAAAACCUUCUGGGACAUGGGAGGAUUGGGUAUGUACUUACAUAUACCUUCACUUGGUCUUGUAUAGAUGGACGAUGCUCUGAAAAAACAGAACCGUCACUUACAUCCCUAGAUACCUCUCUUAAAUGAUUUUUGCCGUUAUCUGAAGUUCAUGCUAAAUCCAGACAUCACUUACCCCAGAGUGUGCAAGGAUAUCAGCCUGUCCAAAGGCCAGUAAAAUAAAUUAUUAUCGGAACACCCUUGGCUAUCCCAUAUUUGUCAUUCAUCAUUAAGAUAUAUAUGAUAUUCCAAAAUAUUAACAAACAAGUUACAAUAUAAGCAUGGUUAUUUCACUAUAUCCAACCUUUUAAAAAACUUUUUAUUAUUGAAAUAAAAUCUGGCGGAAUAAUGACCCUUAUAGACUUAGCUAUACGGUCCUUGGUAUUUUUAUAUGGUAACAUUUUCUCGUGUGGGUUUUUGGCUUACUUCUAGGUAAUGGCUGCUUACGUGGACAGAGUGAGUCUCUCAGCCUCAGGAUUUUUUAAGUAUGUGACUAAGUUUGGGUGAUUUUAACUAUAUUGAUGAAAAUGUUAUGUGAAUGAUAUUUAGGAUUAUUGCUUUUUACUGUUGGAUACGAAAGAAUUCAGUCUGUCAUUACUCAAAGUAGUACAAUAAUAUUAAGCCUUAGAAAGGUUAAUUUAACAUUGUACAUCUAUAUCUGCUAUUUGUUUGGUAAAACCAACAAAGUAUGUCAUGUGUCCCAAUAACCAUGCUCUCUUAAUUAUUUAUUAAUUAUGACCUAGAUAUGAUGAUGUCAUAUCUAGGUGAUGUCUUGUCAGCCAUAGUUAAUGUGGUGUUUGGAGCAAAUAUAUUACAAUUAUAGACUAGUUUUACAGCAAGCGGCAAAGUAUCUUUCUAAAUAUAGUUCCACAGUAGCCAGAGUGCUACACGUUCAGUAAGAUGCUAGCUGGGGCUGCAUGGGACAUGCCCAAGUGGCCUCAAAAUUAGGAAAAAUAUCUGUCUGGUGUUUGUAUAUCAUAGAGCUGAGGAGAUUCCAAUCUGAAUCUCGAUACAAUAUGGCACAUUGUAUGAUUUCAUCCCAUGAAAACAAGUUCAGAAUAUUAUUGUGUGAAGUUCCAUUAAAUUUAUAUUUAAGGAUAUUUUAAAGUUAAAAAAAAUGUAAUACUUAUUUACUAUGUUAGAAAGAAGGUUGAAAAGCAAUACCCAGGUAGACGGGUGGACAUUUUGUACCUCUAAGUAAAGAAAAUAGAAAACAAAAAACUAGAAUUAAUGUUUCUAAUGAUAUGUGAACCUCCAGACAGAAUUCAUGGUUACACAAGGAUAGUUAAGUGCAUUGAAUAAACUCCGAUAUUUCAGUAUACACGCAUUUCGUUAGCAGUAUUUAAGUCUCUGCCUCUCAUACCUCUAUAAUAAAGUAAAUUUAGCCAUGAAACAAUAGUUUGAUAGUCUCACUGUAUUCAAUAUAUUCUGCUCUGUUUGCCAAUGACAUAGUGACUCAACAGCCAUUAGGAUUAGAUAAGGUUUAGAUAUGAUAAAAUAGUUUUAGUGCUUGGCACGCUACCAGAUAUGUUUAGGUGUUUUCUUUUUUACUAUCCUGCCUUGAAGUAAUUAAUUAAAUUUUCGUGGCUUCUUAUAGAACCCCUGGAAUUGGAUAUGACCCUGUUAAAAAUGAGGGUAACCCCAGUAAUUAUUUUAGCUAUGGUGUGGCCUGCUCUGAAGUGGAGAUUGACUGUUUAACUGGAGAUCAUAAGGUAAAAAUUCUGCAUCAUAAGGUAAUAUUUUGUUUUCCAUAAUUUUGGGAUGCUGUGGAUAGCUGAUACGUUAACCUCUAGGUGUUGUAGAGCUAUAGUUCCAAGAAUGCUUAUACAACAUCAAUUAUAGAAAUGUAAUCUUAAAAUGGUUUGAGUUUGGACACCAAUGGUCUAGAGAAGGUUUUUCCCACUCAGUCCUCAAGACACAUCACUGGUCUGCCUUACACACUGGAUUGAGCACCACUGGUCUCAGUUCGUGGGGGUGGUAGAUCCAUAAUGUGACCUCAAUAAUGCAUUGCAGUCCAGAGGUUGAAAAUAGAUCAUGUCAUCUGUACAACUUCAACAACUGGGGAUCUUCUGUUUCACCAUGCUUGGUUUUGAGUUAGUUUCUACAUGUUUUUUUUUUAUCUUUCUCCUCUUUAAUUUUGAUUUCCUCUGGCCAUAAUUAAGAAACUACAUGCUAAUAUAAAUCACAAUUGAUUAGAUGUUUUGUAAGGAAUAUUUAGGAAUCGUUUAAUUGAUAAUAUAUAUCUCUUGUUUAAGUUUGUUAUCUUGUGGAAAAUAAUUACUAGACAAUAAAAUACAUCAAAUAAUCCUCAUGUUUUUCAGAACCUGCGUACACACAUAGUUAUGGACGUAGGCACCAGCCUUAACCCUGCUAUAGAUAUAGGACAGGUGAGUCAGCUUGUUAUGGAUAGAGCAGUAAAAACCAAACUGAGAUUUUAAUAGUUCAUACAAAAUGGAUUUAUUUUAUAGAGUGCACUCAAUUGACUACUCUAGAUGGAGGAGAGAAUGUAUCAGUUCAAAGGGAAAAUUGUGACAUUUUGAGAGAGAUUUAUAAAUGUGAGAUAAGUAAAUAAAUAAAAGUGAAGCAAUGUUCUGAUAUUGGAGUGUUCGUGCUCAUUCUUUUGGUUUCCACGGUAAUUGCACAAUUGCUAGAUUCUUGCACCACUUUUCUAUUAAUGAUCCUUCUAUAAAUCUUCCUCACUGUAUUGAAGAGUUUAAAGUAGAUUGUCUACCAUAUGAGAUUGGUCAAUAUUUCUCAAAAAUGUUUUUAAAAUAUAUAAAACCCUUGCUAGUCCAUUUUUCGAGCCAGCAAACUGCUCUUUCAAAAAGAAAACAGGGUGAUUAUAAGGUUAUAUAUAGGUGAUAAAAUGAGUCAGGAAGAAAGCUCAUUUGAACAGCAAUUUUUUUCUGGGCUUUAUAAAAAAAAAAAUCAAACUUAGACCUUGAUGAGUUCACUUUAAAACAAUAUUAGGGGUGAAAGAGGUUGCAAUAUAAGUAAAGGGGUAGAAAAAUCUAAAGUUUGGAGGAACCCAUGUUUUCUUUAGUGUAUCACGAAGAUAAUGCAUGAAAAAUAUUCAAAAAGGAAAUUUAUAUUUCAAGUUCCUGCAUUGGUUCCUCUGCAGUUUGGGAGUAAGCUCUGCUAAGACCAGGAAAUAAAUCGACAAAUCAGGAUGCUCUUAUUUCAGUGCAAGGUGAACAAAUCCCUUUUGUGAGGCACGUAGCUCAGUACUCGGUAGAAAUCCCAUUCUUGAGAAAAGACUAUCGAAUCGCUGCCUAGGCUGAUAUCAGUAGAACUGUAUUUGCUAACAGUGUAAUGACAGCUCCACAUACAGUUUUAUUAAAGGAACUAACAGAUACAAUUCAAUUAACAUAAUUAUUACCCCACUUGUGCUACUGUGGAUGCAUGUUGUUCUUAUUCUGAAUGAUCUUCUUCCGUAGAUCGAAGGUGCCUUUGUCCAGGGUCUGGGCCUUUUCACUUUAGAAGAAAUGAAGUACUCCUCGGAUGGGUUUCUGUACACGCGAGGCCCUGGCAUGUAUAAAAUUCCAUCCUUCGGUGACAUUCCCACUGAAUUCAAUGUAUCUCUGUUACGCGACUGCCCAAACAGCAAAGCAAUUUAUUCCUCCAAGGUAGGACGACCACAUGGAUUAAAUGAAUUGUAUAACAUUACUUUUUACAAAACUGGCGAAACUAAUAAACAGGAGAUGUGUUUUACCAGAGAUUUGUACAUUGGUUUGAUAUUAUCAGUGUCUAAGAAGUUAGGUUAAAGUAAAAUAGAUUGAGGAUGUUCAAGACUGGGUGAUUUUAAUAAUUUUAUAUCUCAAUGUAAAAUCUCGUUACUGGGAGUAUUAUUGCUGUGGAGCUCUGUUAUACACAGACAGUUUACUGGGAGUAUUAUUGCUCUGGAGCUCUGUUAUACACAGACACAUUACUGGGAGUAUUAUUGCUCUGGAGCUCUGUUAUACACAGACACAUUACUGGGAGUAUUAUUGCUGUGGAGCUCUGUUAUACACUCAGACACAUUACUGGGAGUAUUAUUGCUGUGGAGCUCUGUUAUACACUCAGACACACCAACAAUAUGGAGCUCAUAUAAAAAAGAGAAAUUGGGAUAAAAAAGAGAGACAGACGGAUUUGGAACACUCGGUAGGUACUGUAUAGAAUGUUACAUUUUGUUACUGAAAGGAUUUUAAUACUUAAAAUGAAGUGGUCUGGGUGCCAGGUCCAUCUAGGGUUAACCCUGCCUGCUGUAAACAUAGCAGUUUCAAAGAAACUGCUAUGUUUACAUAUGAGUUAAUCCAGUCUCUAGUGGCUGUCUCAUUGAGAAUGCUUUCCUAUGGACUGACUGAAUGUGCGCGCGGAUUGAUUGAAUAACUGAAUGACGACAUCCGAAGGAGGAGGAGAGUCCCCAGUGCCGAAGGAGCCCGGCGCUGGAGAAAGGUAAGUGAUUUAACCCCUUCCUCCAACUUCAGCCUGGCGCGAGGGGGGCCAUGAGGGUGGGGUGCCAGGAAAACGAGUUUGUUUUCCUGGUACUAUAGUGGUCCUUUAACAGCUGGGUGGAUAUUUUAUUAUAUUUAUUAAACAGCUAUUGAAAAAGAAAAAAGCUUGGUACAGUAUUAAUAAUUACCUUCAUUUUGUUAAGGCUGUUGGAGAACCUCCACUUUUCUUGUCGGCCUCAGUAUUUUUCGCGAUAAAGGACGCCAUUACAUCAGCAAGGCUGGAGGCAGGUAUUACUGGGCCGUUUCGACUGGACAGCCCGGCCACGCCGGAGAGAAUCCGCAAUGCCUGUAUCGAUAACUUCACUAAGCUGGUAAAAGCCUCUGUAUUAUUGCUUUAUGUUCCAUGACAAUGAGAAACACGUUGUUUUGAGAUGGGCCAUUCGUUGCUUUAGCACUCCUACUGUUAAAAGUUGCUUGAAAUGUACUAUCCUUUCUAUUUCACGUGACUAAGUUACACAUUGCAGGCCAUAAUUGUGCUGCCUCAGACAGACAUUCUGAAGGGCUGGACACUGGGUAAUGAUUAGGUCACAAGUAGCUGACAGUAUUGCUGUUUUAAAUUGAAUUUGUCAGAAAUCCAUUUUGUACAUAUUGUUAUAGAGCAGUGCAACAUGUCCACGAUUUAUUUCCUUUAAAGGAAUACCAUAGCGUUAGGAAUACAAAUUUGUAUUCCUAACGCUAUAGAGCCCAAGUUACCUAAACUGCUCACCUUAAUCAAGCGCCGGGCUCCCUCGGCGCUGGUGACCACUCCUCCCCCAUUGACGUCCGCUCCCGAGUGGAGCUAAAUGCGCGGCCAGAGGUGCAUGCGCAUUCAAACUCGCCCAUAGGAAAGCAUUACUCAAUGCUUUUCUAUGGGGAUCUUUUUUGACGCUGGAGGUCUGUGAGGAAGUCCAGCUUCAAAUAUGUGCGAUUAACUUAGUUCUCUGAAACUGCUAUGUUUUUAGCUGCAGGGUUAAAACUAGGGAGACCUGGCACCCAGACCACUUCAUUGAGCUAAAGUGGUCUGGGUGCCUAUAGUGGUCCUUUAAGAGACUUCAUGUAGGUGAAUUAUGGAAAUGUGUGACCCAUCUUAUAGUCAUAUUUCUGCUGCUCUGUCACAAGUGCCAAUGAGCUCCUGCUCGGAGCUACCAUAAACCUUUGCAGUUACUCACAAGUUGUGAUGUGGUUUGUUAUUAUAAAAUAAUGUAUUUUCGAAUGUCCUCAGACAGUGACAGUGUCGCUUUAAAAGCACAUUACUGGGAGUAUUAUUGCUGUGGAGCUCUGUUACACUCAGACACACCAACAAUACAGAGCUCCUAGAAAAGAGGGACAUUAGGUUAGAAAAGGGGACAGGGGGAUUUGGGACUUUCCCUUCUAAACAGAAACACCAGAGGAGAUAUGAAGUAAUUCAAAUGAUUAUGGGAAGUAUCUGGUACAGAAUUUGGGUAGAUCACUGUUCUGCAAAUGUGUGUUCAGGAUCCACUCACCACUCUACCAAAGAACAAGGAACCCUAUAUAAAUGGCAAUGUCUGACUAGCCUGUGUUCUUUCCACGAUAUUCCUGUGUUCUGCCCUCAUUACUGACCAGUAUCCGGAACAGGUAUUAAUAUAAUCCCAGCAACACUCUAUAAAAGUAAAUCUUUAUUCAAUUUCAUAAUAGAACAAAGUCGUCACUAAUUAUAGUGACAUCAGUAAAGAAAAAUGUGUAAUUAUUAAUAAUUCAUAGAAUAGAUAUAAACAUCAUAUUCUUAAAGGAGCUGGUCAUAGAACGAUAUUGUCUGAGCUAUGUAAACGGACGUCAGGAAAUCCCAACGUUUCAGAGUAGAAGCCUUUAAAAAAGGAUUAACAUGUUCAUAGCAAUAAAUAUAGUAUAUGGAGGAGGAACAGACGUACUUUAUCUAUGUUAUUCGUGUUACCCAUGGGUAUUAUUCAUUUAAAGGUCCUCUGUUCUGUUCUCUUGCAGUGUCCAGUUCUGGAACCAGGAUCAUUUAAGCCAUGGGCUGUUCAAGUGUGACAGAGAAAUGUAACAUACGCCAUCCUUCCAAGCCAAGGCCUUUUAAUGACUACCAAUAUAUAUUCCUAUUGUUGUGGUCACCUAUAAUUUAGAACUCCAGAAAUCCUGGUUUUCAUGUUAGAUGGAGUACAGAGGAAAAUCUACAUUUUACAACAAACACAUUUUCAUUGAAGAACUGCUAAGGCUACUUUGAAUAUUGUACAAUCUAUAAAGGCCUUCAAACUGGCAACACAUGGGCCAGAUAGUGCACAAAAUAUGUUUUUUUAAACUCUUUCUGCUUACAAAAUUAAUGUUCUGUCCUAGCGUUCACUAGGGUUUUAACCACAUGGAUUUUGAAUGGUGUACAGCUCAUCCAAUUAAACCGUGAACAGCACUUAAUACUUCCUUUCACUUCUAACCUAGAUGAUCGUAUACUCACUUUGUUUUUUUGUUUUUUUAAUAACCUGUAAAUGCGGAACAAGAGCUCAUUCCUUGCACCAUAAUCACUACAGUGCAAUGUAGCAUUCACAAUGUUUGGAAUGUUCUUUAAAAGACAAGCAUAGAAACCAGCCAUGUAUCUAUAGGGGUUUAUUGCCUGACAUCUCCCAUCCAGGGAGUGUUUAUUCUGACUGCCAACAUUAAAAAGGAAAAUACAGGAAAAUAUACUAUACCAAGAGUUAGGAUGUGUCCUUACAUGGGCACUGCCCUGCAAAUAGUUGUAAAAUGAUUGGUAUUUGAUAAACACACUUUGACAUCUGGUAAUUGGAAGAAUCUGUUUAAUGUGAUUUUUAAUAUAGUUGAAUGUUUACAUGUGAUGCUCAUUCCUAAUGUAUUAAAAUGUCUACUGAAACCAGACAUCCAAAAAUAAAAUACAUUUAUUUCUGAACUGCAA